GGAGAAACUUUUUCUGUUGGUGCUGAGAGUAAAAAUAUCUCAUAAUUUUUUAUGGUUAAAAUGAGAAUAAAAACCAAUUAACAGCUCACUUAGUCAAUGAUUAAAAGCUCUGGAGCCUAUUAUGGUUCUGAAAUUUCAUAUUUGUCCACAUUAAUUUCCAUCUUCUGUAAUUACUCUCACAUAUCCAUGACUUUCUUGUGUGUCAGCUGACUCGUAUGUUCACACUCUGUCACGUACUCUUGGAUCUUAAACUCAGACUGAAACCAGAUCCUCUGGCUCCAAUCACUGUCAGAACUUUAAGUGCUAAAAAUUCUAAAUGUCCUGAAGUACUUUAAACACUUCUGCGUCAAACGUUUCCCAAAGUACUUCAAACUAUAAUCAGCUGAAGAAGUAUUUAAGUACCUCAGUGUCGCUCUAAGUAUUUUAAACAUAAAUACAUCAUCUGGAGAUUAAUUCAAAUACCAAACGUCGGCCAAACACUCAAAGCUCUACUUAUUCCUAUAAUUUAUCUGGUACUUUGUUCGUUUGUUUAAAAUCAAACCAUCUAAUCAGCGUCUGUUGAUUUCAGAUUUCCUGUAAUAAGAUCUUUUUCAUGAUUUCUUACAGUUUAAUGUUUUUAUCCUGAUCCUCUGUCUCUGUAGCACCCUGUUCUUCUGUCUAUGAGUCACAACCUCUUAAAUCUGAACACCAAUCUGUGAUAAAAUAGUAUUGUGUGUGUGUGUGUGUGUGUGCGUCUCAGUGCUGACAGGGUGUGUCCAGGUUUUGCCCGCACCUCCAGCAGCAGUAAUGUUGAGGAUGCCACGUUUUCCCGUCCUUUGAGGUGUGAAACGGUUUGCAGAAGAUCAGCUAAAGGAAUAAGAAGAAAAAGAGAGACAAGAGGAUUUAAUAUUACUCCAAUAAUCAAUAAUCACAUUACAAGAAUGCUCCAUCUAAACCUAACCACGGUCUAUCGUGUCGUUGUCUCACCUCGUCACAGCCCGAGCACCGAGGCCACACCGUCUGACAGUAGUGCCGUCCACAGAGCAGCUUCUCAUUGGACCAGAAGUAGACCAGGUCCACCAAUCCCUGGCCACACUCUGAACACUUGAAGCAGGUGGGAUGCCAAAGGGCGCUGUGGUAACCGGCACGCUCGGCAUAAACAGCUGGACUUUCCUUGGCAACCUCGCCAUGGCAACCAGUACAACUCUACAGAGCACAGAGGAAGAGAGGGCAGAUCAUGGGAGAGUGAGAAGUUUAUGUACCAAAGAAAUGGGCCUUAACUUUGUGUUUAAGAGCCCAAAGUUUUAACUGAGUGGGUCAGAAACUUUACAGAGAGGCACACAAUCUGCAGAGAGGAGGACACUGCAGACAUACAGGGGCUCAAUGUUGUUGUUAGAGCACAAGAACAUCCCAAAAGCAUAUAUUUAACCUGCUACAUAACUGAUAUAUAAGUACAUGUUUGUCAGACGCCUCAUGUACUUACGAAGUCAGUCUUGGCGCUGCCGGCAGUCCCAUUAGUGGGACCAGCAGCAGGGACAGUGCUGUCAUUGGUCGAGUUGUGCUCCAGAGAAUCCUUCCUGUCGCUGUUGCUGCGGUCUUUAGCCUCCUUCGCCGUCCUCUGAAUGGCUGCAUCCCUCAGAGCUCCGCCCUCGCCAGGUAAGGCCACCUCUCCGACUCCAAGCACCUCCUGUUUGUAGUGCUUCACAAACAGCAGCAUGGAGGAGAUCUGGGAGGUAAAAUCACAAACAUUUAGGAAAAAGAAAAUGCAUUUAGCUCGUGUCAGAGUUCAGCCCAAGUCUACAUACCUCCUCCUCACUGGCCAGGCUCUGACACUUCAUGGGGUCCUGGUCGUAGAUGGGGAGCUGACUCAAGAGGUGCCUACGUCGCUCCUUUGCUCCAUCCGUCCCUGAGACUGGACGUUGUUUCUCGGGGAUGAGCUCCAUGUACUGCAUCGCCUGGAGGAGGACCGGAGGCCUUUUACUUUUAUUUUCACAGAAACUUCUCAGAGGAGGUUGUUGUUUAUUGAGUGAUGCAUUAUGGGAGUUUUCAGAUAGCACCUGAGCAGGUUACGCUAGGUCCCACGGCACUUAUAUUAUCUUAAGUGGUUGAUGUUGUACCAAUCUUUGUAAAAUGUGAAUUAAAAAAAUGAGCCGCCUGAUAGGAGUCGAUGAAAUUUGCCCCUCUAAAGUAAAGUGAUGAUCAACUUUGGUUGCCUGUGACCUCAUGUACAGACCAUAAGAACUUAAGGCCUUUACUGAAUCUGAAAUCUCAAAUCUAGUAAAGAGCUCAGAGAUUCAGCCGCUCCAACUUUAUGAUCUAAAAACACAAAUCUCAGAGCUGAGGUAUUCAUGUAUGUGCAGUGACUUUUAUAACCUGUUGGCAUUUAUACUACCAUCCCUGAGACGAAUAACUCUACAGUUCUGAAUGAAAGAUAUAUGCAGAUAUAAAAACAUCCCAAAUAGUUUAUAAUACUUUUACUGUUAUCUCUGUUACUGUUACUUAUCAUCUGGAUUCACUUAAUGUUCUCGUCUUUCCACAGACAUCCCUCACAGCCUGUUAAACACGCUCCCUGAGGUAUAAAAGUCAGGGGACAUAUUAUUCAGUUUGCUAACAAGAGACAUGCAUGACAGCAUCCAGAGUCUGUGCCCUUCUUGACAUCAUCACAUGUCCAGGUGUUCCAGUGACACCUCUGUAUGAAAUCACUGCAGUGAAAUAGUGACUAACAGUCUGGAGCUGCAGUAUCAGAGUCUUCACCAUGUUCAUGUCACAGCUGAAUUUUGCACAGCCCAGAGUCUGAUCUCUCUCUGUCUCUACAAGUUCAACCACAGUAACGUCCCCCUCCUCUCUCCUGCUGAGCUGCAGCUCAAUAAUCACUGUCAUCUUCAUAAUUACAGGCUCUGAAACCUGAAACAUACUCCAGUCUGUUUUUAAUGGAAACCAGACGGUCGAGACUGACACAGAAGGAGAGCGCUGCAGAAAUGGAACCAACACAAGCCCAUCUUUGGGAUGAGAACCUAAUCAAGUUUAAGUAAAUGUCUAUUUUUUCAUGUAAACAAAAGCAGUCGAGAUCAUCGGCUACAAGACUGACCGUUUUUAUGUCGUUUAAUGUCUGAUAUGGAUGUUUGCAGGAUUUCUGCACAUCACUAUCAAUAAAUGAACCGUUGGACUGUCCAACACCAGCAAGGUGAGAUGUUUAUGUUUGAAGAUUAUGUUUAAGUAUCCAGAGGACAAGAUAAGUUAAAACUGUUUUGUCCACAGGAGCUGCCAAAAUCAACACAAACUGAAAGUUCCUGACAGGAGCUUUAAUGGACAUUACAUGUAACAUAUCUGCUCUUUCUCUUUAAGUUGCUAGUUAGACUGUAAAUAAACUGUAAACAGGAAACAAAAUCACUUUUAGAAUAAUAACUCCUGACUGAAGCCCUGAAUAAAUCAGCCCUGACCCUUGAGCCCUGACCUCCACAGGCUUCAUCCACAGACUAUGAGGUUGAUUUUGGGCGACACAAGAAGCUUCUCUCUGAUCUAAAGUGAAAUUGUUCCUCCAGUGAUCACAAACUUGAAUUAUUGAUCAUGAUUUGGUUUUUGGGUGUAGUGAGUUUUAACACCACGUAUAUGACAGCUUUCACGUUUUCAGUGGUGCUCCAUCAUGCAGAGUCAUCUUGAUCCACCUCUUGUUAUAAAAAAAGAGGUUUUUUUUUAUCAAGGCCACAUGAGAGCAGCUUCCUACAAAACCAACCUCCUGAACUUCACACUGAUCCUCACCAGUGUCUGGUUGAGGCCGGCCGGCGCCCAGUCGUACGUCGUGGUGUUGAAGGUCGGGUCUUUACGUGACACCACCGGAUUGGUCACGAUCAUGCGGUUCCUCUUAUACAUGCGAAGGCCGCCUCCCCCUUUGAUCUUCGCAGUCAGAUGGGCGCACGGUGAGUCUGCAAGCAGGCGGCCCAUUCGCUGGUCAUCUUCAACAUCAUUCCCCCCCGAAGCGUGGUCAACCGUGCUGCAGCCGCAGGCCAUACAGGCUUUUCUGCAAGAAGGACGAGAGGACAGAGACCGUGAUUCACUGCAGAAACUCAAAUCUGGAGAGUAGCCAUUUUCAUCGACAAGAAGCUUUAACACACGAGCUGAGACCUCCUGACAAGGCUCGAGGAGUUUUGAGUGGCACCAGGGUGGCCAUUGUGAUUAUAUGGGCUGGCCACCCUUGACCGCUGAUCUGGACACGCCCCUGUUGAACUCGAUGCUAAAUUUUUAGCUUGAUUUUUUUAAUCUCAGAGCAGGAAAAAAAACAAUAAUCUUACUGUGUUUUUUACAAACAGGAAAGAGAACAGAGGAGAAACCACAAGGUCUGUAUCGCCAUCUAUCUUUUUCUCGUUUUAUCAUCCUUACAGUUUUUCUUUCAGUUUUUGGUUUUGUUGGCACAGAAACGGCAGAAACAACAGAAAAACACAGACAGGCUGUACCUCCAAGAAUGUGGCUGAAGUCCAGAACACCUUUGCUUACAGACUAGACACGCAGCUGAUCCUCCUGCAGUCUGCUUCACUGACAUCUGAGAGGAGACAGAAGAAAAAGCACAAAAAUUAAACAUGAUCAAACCGUUUAUUCAUGUCUUAUUAAUACAGAGAGAGAGAAAAUCAGGGGUCACAACAACUUGACAAAAGCCUGAGAAACACAAAAACAUGCCCAAACACUGUUUUAAUAACGUACAUUUCCUGUGAUAUUGUAUUUGUGAAUCCCACGCCUUUGUUUCAUGACAAAAAACUUUUUAAAACACAUGUAUGAGUCAUACUGUUGCACUAUCUACCAUGUUUUUUCAUUUCCAAGGAAACGUACACUUUAUAGUUUAUGUAAACUCAGUCACACACUCUCCAUCCUGCUGCUGGGACCGCAUAAAGCACCAAAUGUGUAUUAUUAAGGCUGAAAAUAGUCCAGAGCAAAUGCACUAUUUUCUUCUAUUUGACUGAUGUUUCUUUAAAAACUAUGGAGACCAGCUGUUUGAGGACAAGGGUGAUGCUUUUGGUCAAUACACUUGAUGAACUUGACAAAGACAUUGAGCACAUCCAUAAGCUAAAGACUGAUUUUUCUGUGUCUGUCUAAAAAGACCAACUUUUCUAAAGUUCAGUCAUAAACUUUGGCCUCAGAACCUGAUUUCAACUCAAACAAGUUCAGUUUAGUUUAAAUAUCUGUCCCACAGCCUGAAGUGACGCAGACUCCUCUGACAUGUGAGGAAGUGUUGGAUGAGAAUAAGAAGAUGUUGUUUUAAAUUUUCUCAGUCAGUGUGGGAGGAAGAGAUGGAAAAACACGCACACACACACAAACACACAUAUGUUGGCUGUAGAUGAUCUCAUCGAUCCACCCAGUGACAUCAUGAUCGCAGCACUAACAAACAGCCUUAUCUGUCCAGCUCUCCAUAAUUCAUCCUCUGCCUCUCCAGCUCUGUUUUCUCAUCUCACUCCUCUUCUCAUUUUCUCUUCCUGUCCUCACUUUGCCUCAUAACUUCGACAUUUUUCCCCAGAAAAAGACACAAACAUGACCACAACCCUCUUUGCAUUAUCAUUACAGUCUUUGAACUCCUCAGAAAUCGUCAUUUUUUUGUUGUUAUCAAACCAGCAAAAUAAAAGCAGCACAAAUGAGGCAAUUCUGUUAAAAACCGAUACUGAACUGGUUUGAUUCUGUUUUGGCACAAACUAAUCUUGAGCUAAGUUUAUUCGCCGGCUAAUCAUCAUUCAGAAUCAACUGACAGUUUCUAAAGCCUUUGGCAGGAAACCCGACCACUGUUCUGCAAAACCGACCCGCUGACAGACCGUCCACCUGUCCAUGUGUCACCUGGUAUUAACAUGCCCCAGAGACCGACAUGCACGUAAGAUAAAAAAAGAUGCAGGAGCUCUUCAACAAUAAAGAGCUGCAGAGAAAAACCCAUUAAUCCACAGACCUUUUUUGUGCAUGAGGGCAUCCUUAUAUUGGAACAAGAGAGAAGAUUACGAAAUAUCAUAACUGAUGCAUGUGUAAACUGGCAGGUAGGGUUACAUAUAUAGAGUUCUUAGUUUUGGUGCAAAGAGAAUUAAAAUGGACUAACACUAGCCAUAAAAAUACAAUUACACUAAAAUUGAAUUAUAUGUAAGUUAAAAGCCUUUUCACAGCCUUACUGGAGCGGUCAAGAAACUCUGAAUAGAAAAAGAUGCAACUAGGAACAAUCGAAGAAUAUAAAAGCAGACACAAAAAAAAAAGUGUAUGCAACAUUUGCAAAGAAGAGUGGCACAAAUGUGCAGGAAGGUGCUGAAGAUCAAAGUGCAAAAUGUAGAAGCACAAGUAAAAACAGAGUGCAACAUAGCAGACCAAAUCCAGUGUGGGUUAAAGCUCCUAUAAAGAAUUUUUGAUGCUUAAGAAACAGCCUUUGCUACUUUACACGUGGGUUUUCAUACAUUUCACUGUCAACGGACAGCUGGAGCAGAUUUUUGUCAAUUUACAUCACUUUAACAUAGACAAGACUAAAUACACAACAAUAAAAAGAUUAUCAUGUUGUCCAAAGGGGGCGCCAGAUUUAACAUAAACAGAAACUUCCUCACAGGAGCUUUAAAGUGACUUACUGAUCUGAUGGGCUGGAAUGGUGAGGAAUGUGACGUUUUUAUUACAGCAGAGGUUUGUCAUUAUGUUGACUUAUCUUUGUUAACUUAAGAAGAGAAAAAUUACAUGUUCUGACUGCAAAACAGCAAAUUGUCUAAUUUUUAACGUUCAAUUAUCUAUUUACAUGACAAAUAAAAAAAGAAGGAAAAACAAAUUCAUAUUCUGUAUAUUUGUAAUUUACUUGUUAUUUCUAUUCCUAUAAGCACUGCUCCAAAUUUUACCAGCCUCUUGGCAGCUGCAGACACACCCCUGACUGAACAAAGACAUAAAACACCAGCGCUGGUGACACAAUAAUGAACACACACUCUGACUCUCUGUCCGUGUAUUCCUGAGGGGUGUAAUGAAGUCUUGUCCUCCUCCAGCUGCUCUUGUUCAGCCGUCAUCGCUGUGACCUUUUCAACACGAGCUCAUCAACAGUCUCUGACGGUCACACACCUACACACACUCCAUCUAUCUGUUCACACCCCUAAACACACUCAUCUGUCAUCUGUAGUAGAUAAUUAUUGCUUCUCUCUCUCUUCUGAUAAUCCCUGAUACUGUCUGUCGCUCGCUCUGCCUUUGUGAUAGUUAAUCCUGUUUGUUUAGCAAGAAACACAAGCAAUGAAAACAACAGACUGUACAGGAUAAAGUCCUCCUGAGUGCAGGUGUAGAGAUAAUUUAGGUGAAAGUUUCAGUGACUCAAAGUCUGUAGUGACUGUAACGGUGAAAGGAGGAGCACAUGAGUCACAGAAAAUCCAGACAUGACAGAAAAGUUUGUGUAAUUAAGAAACAAACCCAUUACUCAGCCUGAAACCAGCCAUGACAAAGCUGACAUGAUGCAAGUAAUGACUGAGUGUUUGGGGCGUUUUUGCCUUUUAUGGAUUACAAGCAAAAACAUGGCAAACAAGAGGGAAUGACCGCAGAUAGAGGCACGCAAUUUUAAGAUUAAAACCUCUUUUGUUUUUGUUUGACGGCAGAAGUCUGAUUAACAUUUUUGUUUGAAAUCAGUGAAUAUGAAAACUAUCUUUGCUUGUAUUCUAAAGUCACCAAUAUCCUUUUUUUAAUCAUGUGUAAGCUGAUCUAAGUCUUCUUACUCUAUAACGAAAGCUUUUUAGUCCAGUAUUUAUAAAGUCCUCUCUCUGUCGUUAUUCCCACACAGCCUCAAGCUGAUCUGAUGGAGUAAUCUUAACUGCCAACCCUGAAAACUAUUACUAGCUGCCCCAAAUAAGAGCUAUUGCCAAAUGAUGAAUGUGAGCCAAAUGUGAAAUGCAUUUCUUCAGAAAGGGUGAAAGCGUGGCAGCACUAUAUUUAGUGCCCCGAUAAGGCGAGUAUGUUGUAGUUGGAUCAGACUUCGCUGAGCCUCGCUGAGUAAUUCUAAACACGCCGGCUAUGUGAAGGGGAAACUGCAGGAAACGCAGUGAGAUAAGGAGCUGCAGGUCAAACAGGCGAAGAGUCAGUCUGAUGGAGUUUAAUGUCCUGUGCUCAAAACUUUGUCACAUGGCAUCCUGGAUAUUUCCUGUUUUUCUUGAGGUACAAGAAAAAUCAGACAAUGAACCUGCAUUUAGCCCGGUGUAAAUAAAAGAGAUACAGGUAAAAAAAAAAUAGAAAAUCUCGCAUAACGCUGAGUCUUUAUGUCUGCAAAACACCUAUUCCCUUUAUAUACUAUAUGCACAUCAAGAGAAAUAAGGUAUUCAGGAUGUUAACAUGAUGGAUUUUGGACUGCCUCUAGUGGACACUUGAAGAACUGCACAUUUAUGCACCUUACACUGGCUUAUUUUAGCUUUUCGAAUCAAGAUGCAAUAGUUACCCUGACAAGUUUUUAGCUGUCGGCAAACAUUUUUACUCAUAAAAUUUAAUUAAAGAUAUGAUGAGGAGUUUUUUAAUGAUAAUAGAAUAGAGGGAAAAUUACGCUGAUGCCUUCUCAUAUCAAUAAGUAAAAAAAUGAAAAGCCAGGGACAAGAUUGACAGUUUCAGUACAGUCAUUUUUGAUAUCUGACUCUGGGACGAUACAGUAGGUGUCAGCCCUGCAGCUGCAGAAUUAGCCUUGUUUAUUCCAUAGACUGUAUAUACUAUGGACCACUUGGUUUUGCCUUCUGCCAGUAUACGGAUUUGAAGCUGAAAAGCUCUCGGUAUAUCCGCAAUUUUUCUCCAUUUCCUGAAUCAACAUCGCACAGUAGCGUUGUACGCAUUUGGCAGGAGAGUCGCCAAGAGCUGCUGUGAUGAUGCUCGUCUCAAACAGCGUAUCCCCCGGGUGAGCUAUGCAAUCUUUGUACGCCCAUAGGCUGUAUCAAGUGUCAGUCAUAGAAAACAUGAACCCCCUAAUAACUUUUAAAAAAGGAGUUGUACAGAAAAAAAGAGGACUUGAACACAAACCAGUCUUACAGUAACUACAUGUCAACAUCACAAGCAGGGGAAGAAAAAUGUAUGUUCUUUUUUUUAUGUUUUAUGUUUUUUUUUUCUUAAUUUAAUGUAACUUUGCUGCUGCCCUCUUGGCCAGGUCUCCCUUGAAAAAGAGAUCUUAGAUCUCAAUGGGACUUACCUGGUUAAAUCAAGGCUAAAUAAUUUUUUUAGUCAACAGACACUACUUGGGCAUGCAAAUAUCAUGAUAAACAAAGACUGCUUUGUCCACAGGGGGCGCCAAAGUUCACAGAAACCACAAGUUCUUCACGGGAGCUUUAAGUCCUAAUUUUUAGCUUCUAACAUCAUAAAAUUCGGUAAACACCUGAGCUUGUCAGGAGAAUGAGAAUUUUAUUGAUUGUAAUGUGACAUUAUGAUCAGGAAAUAACUGCAUUUACCCCUUCAGAGGAUGGCUCAUUUCCCGUUUCAGCAUUUUGUUUUUGCAGAUUGAUUGCUUUCCUCAUUUGUUUUAUAACAUAAAUAAAAUCUCUUUUGCUGUUUGGACUUCAGGGAAAAUAAAAUAUGAAGUUGAUGACGCUCUGAGACACUGAUACAGAGAAUUUUCAGAGUUUUUAAUGCAUUUACAUGGAAAUGAAAUUAACAGAUUGUCUAUAAUGAGUGUGAAAAAUCAGAGGUUUACAUCUGUGUUUACAGAGAUACAUAAUCACCCUGUAAUACUAAAGCCCAUUGUGUGUGUGUGUGUGUGUGUGUGUGUGUGUGUGUAUGAGGGUUAUUUCCAGCCCGUGAUGACAGUAUUUCCAGCCUUGGAGUAUAAAGGGAGACGUGGGGAUCAAACCCUCAACAGGUGACACUGAUCCAUCAGGUUAUCUAUCACAGCCUGAUGCCACCUCUGAUUGGAUGAAUCACAGGAAGGGAUCUAUGGGAGACAAACUGUUCUCUGCUGCUAUAAUAGACCCAGCGGGGAGACCAGGUCCUCGUGGUCCAGGAUUACCUUCACUGACUGAUUUGUGUCAUCCCAGCAUCGUAUUAAAGGACAGUUUGGCAUCUAUCGGCUGAGGUUUUUCCUGAGCACACAAACUUCUACAAAUCUAUUUCAAGUUUGAAGAUUAUUUUGCCCUCCAACCACCUGGUUUCUUAGAUCUUAAAUAUAAUUUUUCUUCUCAAUUUGAAUCAAUUCGAACUCAGUUUCCUUCCCCUGUUUGGUUGAACAUCAUCCUCAAGACGUGAAAACAAAAGAUUUUCCCCCAACAUUUAAAAACUUUCAUCUGCGUCCAGAUGAAAGACUGUUCAUUCAGCAGAUAUAAUCCAAUUGUUCCUGCGGAGCUCUUUCAGGGUCAAGAGGAUUAUUAUGAAGUCAUGUAAUCACUUUAAGCCUGUCUCCGUCUGAGGAUCUUUUGGAGUUUUGUCAGGAGAACUUUUUGUUUUGCCUAGAAAGCUGUUCAGACUGAGUGAAUCUAAUGUCAGCAAAUCUCAGCACAUCAAAACAAACCUAUCUGAGAAUGACUGAUAAUAAAAACAUCCAACAAAGACCGUAUGAUUCAGUUUCAUCCGCAUCAUCACGUCCUGCAGGUGCAUGCAUCAUUUCCUCUGAAUCCUCUCUGUUUGGUCAUAAUAUAUGGAUUUCAAACAGCAGAGACUCGAAUAUCAAACAUCCUCUGCAGACAGGCAGGAAGAGAAAGUCAAUUUCCUCAAACCUUAUCCUGAUAAAUCUGCAGCUUUAUUGUUUCUAGUUUUGGUCUGUCCAGAUUUGAGGAAUUCACAGUGAUUGGGUCUGUCGAAGGAUUACUAUCAGAGUGGUUAUUCUGUAACACUGUGUUUGUACAGUUGCUACUCAUUUAGUGAGUACUGCAGUAAACCUGUGCUCUUCCUCACUCUCACUUGCACCUGCAUGCUUCAUUUGUUGUUGGCAGCUCAAACUCAAAGCUCUUUGUCGAUGUUUCACCCAAAGUACGUCUCACUUUUGACUUGUCAACUAAACCAUCUGUGCUUUUUGAAAAUGAAAUGUGCAGUUCAAGUGCUCAGCAGUGCCGUUACUUUUCACCACAGUGGCUGUAGGAAGCAAGAAGAGUCUGCAGCAGCAAAACUACAGUGUGCCACAAGGGACAAAAUAGCACAAGAUAAAAACGUGUUAAUUUUGGAGUUUAAUUGCGUACCAAAGAUUGACUUUACAAUAGGAAUAGUUUAGAAAAAAGCCACAACAUGUGCAUAUUUUUCCUUUGUGGAUAGAUUAAAAAAAGUUUGUUGUCUCAAAAGGCAAAUAUGCGAAAGAUUUCAAACACACACACACACGAGGUUUAGGAGAUGGCAGAGCAUAUGAGGGCCAAUCAGUAUGAACUAAUUGAACUCACACACCAUGGGACGUGCAGUCGAACCUUAGCUCUUCAGUUUGAGGGACGACAGACUCCACCUCAAAGAUCCAGCUGCUCUUCAGACUGGAGUAUUAAUACAAACAUGUACUAUAGUGUACUUUUAAAUAUGACUUUAUGGAUUUAGGGUUUUUGUAUUGAUGUCUGAUUUAUGUUAAAUGGCUUCAUCAGUUUAUUAUGAUAACAGUACAGAUAAUACAAAUGAAAUUAGCCCCUAUAGAAUAAAAUUAGCAAUUUAAAUGGAUGAAUUGAAACAUUUAAGGUCGAUUGAAAACAGCAGUAAUGAGGUUUUAAAUCACAGAUAUCUUCCUCUAACUAAAUGAACCCUGUUUUAAAAUAUUUAAACUCUCUAAAGGAUUGAAACAGGUCAGUGCUCGGCUCACUGACACCUUUUGAAAACUCAUUCAGGAUCAUUAGUCCAGGACUAAGCGUCCCUGAUCUCCAUCAUUAGACAUCAGGUUGGCUGACUCUCUGACCCUUGACCUUUCCCUUGACUUUGUUCAUCUAUAAAUCUAAAGAUGAAAUAUUUAAAACCCUUCUGUCCUACCUUCUCCAUGGCUGAGCUCACAUCCAUGUUGUCGUCUCUCUGUCUCUCUGUCUGUCCGUCCGUUUGUCUCCUCUGUUUGUCAGCUCUCUCUCUUUCCCCAGCUCUCCCAGAACAAUGAGACUUUAAAUUCCUCUCCUGUCGACCACACUUCCUCUCUCCCCGCCCACAGUCGCUCCUGCCACCGCUCUGCUCUGCCGGCUCUCCACAGCCCACUGCACUCUCACCGUCUAGACUUUCAUCUCAUUCCUGCUGGAAAACAUCACCCCAUUUCAUAACUUUUAACUCUUACGUUUCAAACUCAGUUUGCUCUUUAUCCUUUCAUAAAAUCAGAGCUCACCUUCCUCUUCUUCAGCUUUCAAAUCCUCCUUUUCUGGGCUUUUUUCUCCUCCAGUUUUCCCCUGUUUUUCCCAGCAGCUUGCUCUCCCUCUCCACCCACUGCAACUUGAACUCUGCAGGUUUCUUCACCUCCUGAUUUUGCUCCAACACGCCCCUGAAGGGGGACUGAUAAGUCUGUCAAACUGGCUCAGAGAAAAACAGAAACCCCUCCCUGACCUCUGUUUCUCUCACUCAGAGUUCACCCUGCUUUGCUAAAUACUGCAGGUACUUUCAAUGAUACUGCAGACUCUCCAAUCUGGGGGAUUUGCUGUCUUAAAAACAACAGCCAAACUGCUUGUGAUGAUUUGUGCUUGCUGCUGCUGCAGAACAGCAGAUCAGGCUGUAAAUUCACACCCCAGAUUCCUGACAGGACUUUAUCUAGAGCAGCAGGGCCUGACUGGACUGUUUGUGUUUUUAAUCUGAGACAAAGACUCAGAGGACCCUGAGGAAAUCCCUGUACACACUCCGCCAACCAAUCAGAGCGAGACUGAAAAACUCUUCAACCAAUCAAAGCUUCAGGGAUUCCUCCUCCUCCUUUAAAUCCGCAACUCUUCAGAAAAAUGUAGACCACAGUACCAGGCAGGGCCAAAGCGGGCCAAUCAAAGCUAGACAGGACUAAAUGGUGUUAACCACAGGCAUAAAGUGAUCCGGGCAGAGCUGUGCAGAGCUGAGGGGAGCCAAGUGAAAUUAAGAGACAAGGCCAAAUACAUUUAAACACAAACAAACUGAACUAAACAGAGCCAGAUGGAGCCAAAUACUGGGUCCAGGCAGAGCAUAUAAUCUCCACAGAGCUGGACUAACAGGGUGCACACACUCAGGUCUGAAAAGGAAAUCCAUUAGAGCCAGAGGGGUUAAAAGAAAAGUCCAGAUAUGUUUAAAAAAAGCCAAACAGAGCCAAGCUAGGCCCCAGAAUGUUGAGGAAUAAAGCCAGUGUAAAAGCAAAAAAAAACUGUAUUCCCUUGAGUGACCACUUGAGGCCAAUCUUGGUCCCCACGCCAAAAUUAGCGAAUAGUUAGGGCCCGAGCGUAGCUGCCAAGCAGCUGCGAGAGCCCUCUUGUUCCUGUAUGGGUUCUUCUUCAUUAUUUUUCCUCCGCUUUAAACUGGAAAAUGGCCCACUCUCCACUGGCGAAAACUCAGGAAAUUUGGCAGGACGACCGGGCCUGGUGAAAAAUUUGAUAUUCUGAAGUCGCCCAAACAAUAAAAUGAAAAAUGGCUCCAUAGCGCCCCCUAAGGUGAAAACUCACCUGACGCCUGUACGCUUUGUCUAAAUGACCCAAAAUUUGACACACACGUGUAUCUCAAUAAGAUCUACAAAAAAGUCAGCACGGGCGUAUCUGUCAAAUGUACCGUUAAAGGGCUAUUUCGGUGGCUCAGGGGAUAAGAACACUGACUGUGACUCCUGAGGUCAUAGGUUCGAGUCCUACCUUGCCCACUUCUUGGUGAAUUUUGAAGGUCUAGAGUCUACAAAGUACAGUGAUAUAUGAAAAAAAACAUGAUUGUCUCCUGUGUCCACACGGGUCAGUGGGUUCAAGCCUUAUUGGGGACGCCCUCUGAUGGUCUGUAUGACCAUCGGCUGAGCAGAGGACUACCCCCUCUGCUCAGCCACCGGUGUCAGUUGCAUACCCCCUGCGCCACCGGGUACCAUCCACAUUUGGGCAUGAUGUUCGUGCCCUUUUAUCUUGGAACUUUGGCUGCUGGACUUUAAAACACACCCUGUACAAGAUUUGAACCCACAACCUUAAGAGUGCCAGGCAGUCUCCUUAUCCUCUGAGCCAUGUGGACACAGAGGAGUUGUCUGUUUUUUUCCUAUUUCACUGUCGUUUGAAGACACAAGGCAUUAAAAUUCACCUCAACUUGGGUUAGGUGAGACUUGAACCCAUAACCUUAAGAGUGCCAGGCAGUCUCCUUAUCCUCUGAGCCAUGUGGACACAGAGGAGCAACUUGCCAUUUGGAUAUAUCCUUGCUGUGUUUGUGCCCUCACUCAUGGUCCAGAGUUUUUUCAAAUAGGACAUGUAGUUUUUCUGCAGCGAGCGUUUUCGUAGAAACUGCGCCUUCCAUUCAUUAUAAUGGGAAAUGACCAAAGACAGGUGCGCACACCAUCUUUGGACCUUGACUGUGACGUCACAGUUUGAGAUACAAAUGUUAUUUGACCUCUGACCUUUGGUGGAGACCCUAACCUUUCAACCCGCGAAAACAGCGUUUCAAUAGCUCUUACGGUUUUCCUACAAAUACACUUUGUUCAGCUGCUCCUACUGUCCUUUAAGCUCUGCUUCACAGAUCAUCAAAGAGUGUGCACGUGUGUAAUGAGCGCAUAUUGAAUGUUAAUUAUGUUAAAUAUGUUAAUUAUUAGAAGAAAAAACAACAACAGUCCUUUUGGACAAAAUUUCUUUUUAUUACAGAAUUAGAAUAAUGGAAGCAUAGCCCAAUGAAACCAUUCAAGUGAUGUCAUACCUCAUAAUUUAUUAAGAUGUUGGCUAGUCUGGGCAUUUCUUCAUUCAUAAGGUUUCCUGCAUGCAUACUAACAGAGCACAUCAGUAGCAGUGAAUGAUAAGUAUGAGUGUGUCAUUGUGUAAGAAAAGAAAGUGGUUUACUUACACAUCCAUAGAAAAUAGGUGGUUGAGCACAGCACGCAAACAAAGCUUUGCCACGACGGUGGAACUUCCCAAGUAGCCGAUACCAAGGUCACACAAUCAUGGUGAGCAAAGGUCAAACCAGGCCAGGCACUCACAAGGCUGGCUGUGACAAGUGUAAGUGAAAGCAACACGCAAUGGCAGGAAGAACAGCAAACGCCGAUGAAGGAAAAGGGUCUUUGUAGUGAUGGGCGUUACCAGAGAGGGCAAUGGCCAGAGGAUGCGAAUGGGACGGGGAGGCGAUCGCGUGGGGGGGGGGGGCGCGACAUGGCUCGGGCCCGCCAGUGUCCCAACGGGGCCCUAGUUUGUUUUUUUUCUUCCUAAAUAAGCCGAAAACUGAGAUGAGUCAGCACCUUAACAAUUUCCUCCAUAUCAUUGCUGCUGUGAUAUCGUGUGUCUCUGCUGUGCCCUCCGUCACAACCAGAACACCCUUAUUUAUAGGGUAGCACAUCCAGUCCUUUUUUGUGUCAUUUUAGCAUCUGUUAAAGUUUAUGUUUAUGAGUUUAUGUCUGUUACAGACAGAGGGAAAUACUCAGUGACAGUAGAGGAACAACUGUUUGUUUUAUCAUGAGGAAAAAUCACAGCAGGCUCUGCAGUCCAGGUAAAUUUAAGAAUUUAAGUGAUUUAAAAUAGGUAAGAGGUAGGUCUGAUUAUAAACUGUAGGAUUCACGAGGAGUGACCAUGUGUGCCACAGUUUUAUUAGAUGGUUGGACCUUAAUUUCCCAGCAGCAGGAGCAGGAAGGAACUCUGGAGCUUGAUGAAAUAAAGUUUAGUGUGCAUAAGCUCAUAAAAAUAACCUUUCUCCCCAGUUUACCAAAUAAUUCCUCAAUAAACUUUAUGGUCUCUAUCAUAAACUUGUUGAAGUUCUUUCAGGCACAAACAGAGCAAAGGGGUGGGGGGUGACAUUCACAGAUUUAUGCAGUGAAGAAAGACCUACAGCCCCCCAGCUGAAUAAUCUGGACCUGGUCCCCUGGUCUCAGGAGCCCUCGCACUGAAAAACAGUGAUUUACUCUCACCUGGAGGUCCCAUCCCUCAGUUAUAUAACUCUAACCACUGGGUUGGUCAUGAUCUAAAUGGUUGGAGUUGUUUGUCUGUCAAUUAUUCAACAGAAGUUGUAAUCAAAUCAAAUUUAUCACGUGGUGUUGCUGUAUUUUGUGCUCUGUCUUCAGUAUUAAACAUCAGAUAGCUGCUGAAUGAGCCUCCGGACUUCACCCAACAGUCGGGACAUUUUGAGAUUUUGAGUGACUCCGUGGAUUCAACGAAUUUUUCUCUUCGUAUCUGAUUUGCUGUUGUUUGAUUUUUGCUUACACAGAGACUGAAAAUGUUCUCUCAGUCAGAAAAGGACUUAUGCUGUAUUAUUUGUCACAGCGUCUUCAAUGACCCUGUCGUCCUUCUGUGCAGUCACAGCUUCUGUAAAGGCUGUCUGCAGAGCUGGUGGAAGGAGAAACAGAUACAACAGUGUCCUCUGUGUGCUGAGGUGACUUUGCUGCGUGAUCCGCCUCGUAACUUGGCUCUGAAGAAUCUGUGCGAGUCUUUCUUACUAGAGAGGAAACACAGAUCUUCAGGAGAGUCUGAGGCUCUCUGCAGGCUUCACUUUGAGAAACUCAAACUCUUCUGUCUGGACCACCAGGAGCCGGUGUGUGUCGUCUGCAGAGAUUCAAACACACACAACGACCACAAGUUCAGACCUAUCGAUGAAGCUGCAGAAGAUCACAGAGAGGAGCUGCGAAGGUUCCUAGGGACGGUUCAGAACAAACUGAAGAUCCUUGAGCAGGUAAAAGAAAACUGGGACCAAACAGCAGCUCACAUUAAAGUACAGCAUGUAAACACAGAGAGGCUGAUCAGGGAGAAGUUUAAGAAGUUUCAUCAGUUUCUAGAUGUGGAAGAGGAGGCCAGGAUCUCUGCUGUAAGCGAGGAAGAGCAGCAGAAGAGCCGGGUGAUGAAGGAGAAGAUUGAGGCUCUGGGUGAAGAGAUAGCAGCUCUAUCAGACACAAUCAGAGCCACAGAGGGGAAGCUGGGAGCUGAAGAUGUCUCAUUCCUGCAGAACUACAAAACUGCACUAAAAAGAGUCCAAGAGUGCCCCCUGCUGGAGGACCCAGAGCAGGUCUCAGGAGCCCUGAUAGAUGAAGCCAAACACCUGGGUAACCUGAGCUUCUACAUCUGGAGAAGGAUGAAGAAGCUGGCCUCCUUCACUCCUGUGAUCCUGGAUCCAAACUCUGCUCACCCAGACCUCAUCCUCUCUGAAGAUCUGACCAGGGUGAGAUUUGGAGAAGGACAGAAGCUUCCAGAUAAUCUGGAGAGGUUUGACUCCUCCCGCUGUGUCAUGAGCUCUGAGGGCAUCGAUUGUGGGUCUCACAGCUGGGAAGCUGAGGUGAUGGAUGAUAAACUUUGGGGGAUCGGUGUGGUGCAGGAGUCUGUUCAAAAGAAGGGAAAAAUACAGAGUGGCUGCUGGGCGUUGUGUUAUUCUGAGGGAAAGUACCGUAAACACUCUCCACCGCUCCCAGACAAAGUCCUCUCAGUGAAGACAAAGCCAAGGAGGAUCAGAGUUCACCUGGACUACGACAGAGGAAAACUGUCCUUCUUGGACCCUGAUACAAACACAGUCAUUCACGCCUCCAAACACACUUUUACAGAGAAACUUUAUCCUUAUGUCGGCACGCUGAAUGAACUCCCUCUCAAGUUUUCACCUGCCACAGUCUGUGUAGAAGUGGAGCAGCCCAGCGGAGCUUCAUCUUCAGGCCUCUGGUCGAGUCUCUACUUGCCAUAACUAACUUAAGACACAAACCAGCUGACUCUAACUUCUGAUUCAAUGUUCAUGUUAUUGAUCAGACUGAUUUAGUUAGGCAGCUACAACAAUAGUGCCUGUGAUACGAGGCUGCAGUAUUUUUGUAACCUUCCUUCCAGUUGAAUGAAAUCAAACUUGAUGUUUUCUUCACAGUAAAGUCUGAACUGUAUUUGUUAGUUUCCUUCUCAGAGACAGGUGUAUAAGAUCCUCUUUCCCUGAAACUGACUAGUUUUCCUCUCACUCAUCUAGUCCUGUAUCUCAGCAGCAUUAUUGCAUUUUAAGGUUGCUUUCUGUUUUCUUUAAUUUGGUUGAUGUCUCUUCCUAUCUGACUCUUUUGUGUUUUAACAUCCCUCUCUGCUGUAGACCGGUCCACACAUUCAAAACUGAGAGUAACAUAAAAAAAAUAUCUCAAUAUUGUCUCAAUGUUUUUUUCCCCAGUGUCAACAGGAAGAGGUGAAAUUAUAAACUACAGAAUGUGCCAGAUUUUAAAUAAGAGGUUGAUCUGAUUUGACGAGAUUUAUAAUCAGGUUGUGCUCUGUUUUGACCAAUCAGAAUUGUUGUGUCUGCAGCCGCGUCCCCGCUCUCUGGGGAACUACAUGUGUUGCCCGUUUAACAUGUUUGGUAGUGUCUGUGAGUGGAUGUGAGCCUACAGGAGCCAGCUGCUGAUUGGAUAAUGGGCCGGAUCUGCAGGACCAAUCGUGGAGGAGCGGUAUGUUGCCGAUUGGAGCUCUAGGUGGUGGACACUUGGGCUCAUUCAUUAAAUCCUUUGUUGGGAAAAUCUGUGUGACAUUUGCUGUGGAGGUGAUUAUUGUAUAUUUUUUUUAUGUAUUGUAAAGGAAAGGGAGCUGCUCGUUCGUUUGAACUGCUGUGUUGAGUUAAUUUAAGUGACUUUUUUUCUUCACUCUAGUUUAGAGUCGCCUCUUCUUGCGUUUGUUUUGUUUCUUUGAGCAGUUCUCCACAUCACUCUGUUUUUCGCCUCAAACUUAUGUUGAACAGCACGUUAUUAUUUCUUUUGGCAAUUAAAUCACAAUUUCUACAUCAGGAAACUGUUUUUUUUGUUGUGUCCUUUCCUUUCCCGAGCUGGGUUGUAACAAGAAUCAAGUGUUGAGUGACGAGUUAGUAAAGCCGGGUGAUAAAACACGGUAAGAAAAGAGACAAGAGGUGAAUGUGGUCAGUAGAUUAUAUUAUUCUCUUAAAAAAAGUCUUCAUUACAAGAUUUCACUUCAUCCAGUUGAAACAUGUUCAGAGAUCUAAACACUGUUUAUCACUUACUGCAUAAUAACAAGGAGCCACUCAACCGUUCACCUGCUGCACGUGUUCACCUGCUCAGUAACUAGUCAGAUCUACAGGGAGCAUCUGCAGAGAUGAGAACACUGUGACUGACUUCAGAGUAGAGGAUUUCACAUUUUCUCCCACUUUGUCUUUGUUCAUUACGUCCUCUGUCUGUUUAUCUGGUUUAUGUGUGAACCCGAAAAAGAAACAGAUUUUUGUGAGACUGACUGGCUGUUAUUGGGUCUAACGUUCACGAUCAUGAUGCAGGUUUGCAGAACUUAAAUCUUUGUCACGUCUAUCCUCAAGAGGAGUUGUCAGAUUGCCGCUGAUAGAAGCUGCGAUAUCACCACAGAAGGGGCUCCACCUGCUUUUGCUCUCCAUACAGACUGUUUUUCCUGCUUAUACAUGAUUGGUCAACAUGAACUCGAUAGGGAGAGUCAUUUGGGGCAGCUCCUGUUAGAGAAAGAUCUAAAUCAGCUCAUCAUUACAGCACCGGCAACUCUAGAUACAAGAACAGAGUUGAGGUAGAGAGACAAUGUUGUCAAACAAAUCGUUAUCUGCACUGAUACGCAGGUUUCUGAUGAUAGCUGCAUUUUGGCUGAUACUUUUCUUUCACACUGGAUGGAAUACUAUCGAGCAAAAAAACAGAGUCUGCUUUAAAGCUGAGGUGAAAAUGCCUCGAAAACAUUAAACGUUACUAUAAAAAUCUGUUCCAGAGUUUGUUUUUCUCUGCAGAUAUCAGUCAGGGGUUGCUGAUCGGCUGUAAUCAUGCUUUUAACUCCAGAUCCAGGUCUGUGUAUAGACAUGAGAUUUUUACUUCAUCACUCUCUGAACAGAUAACCGGAGGACCAUAAGGAGGAGUUUGCUGAGAGUUUGAACGGACCUGCAUCCCUAACCUUUAACCUCACUCCUGUUGAACACUGAAAUAACCCUCUGAACCUUUAAGAAAACAGACAUCUACAGAAUGAGCUAAUCCAUCCCUUUCAUUUGAGUAGUAUGAGGAGAACAGCCAAGAGUCCCAGAUUUUGUCCCACCGUCCGUCUCUAAUUUCUGUAAACUGAAAACACAAACCUGUAAAGUAAAGUCCGCUACACUUUGUUCACUUUUUGCAGGCAGGUUUGGCCUUGAAGCGCACAGUUUUCACGACAAAAUAAAAAACAAAAAGUCCAUCAUGGCAGAAAAACACUUCCUCUGUAACUGAUUAAACUAACUUGCGUUUCUAAUAAAAAACUACAUUCAUCAGAUGGGUAUAAACAUAACGUGAGUGUUCCUCUGAGCAUCACUUUGCUUCAUUAUUAGCCAGAGUGAAUUUACAUGUAGGAUGGUGUGUGUUCGUCUCGUUCUGCUGCCCCCCAGAGGCCAAAAAAUGCAUCUUUGAACGAAGCUGUGACUGUAACCAACACCUGUCUUUGAUCAACAUGCCCGUCCAGAGUCCCUCAUGAUGAUUCAUCUCUAAAAACAUCAGUCAGGAUUUAUUUUGAUGCUCUGUUAUUGAGAUGGGAAAGCACAGUGAGUCGAACAGUAUGUCCUCCAUCUUAAUACACCUCAUGUUAGUCCCUCCACCUUCUGAACCAGCUCAGGUAUACUAGCCCCCUCCCUCACCUGGUUUUAAUUAAAGCAAAAUUCAUGCAUGACAUUUUCUGUCUGCCGUUAGCGUUGGAUGUUUCUCUUAUCGGAGUAAGAUGCAGCUGUGCAGGGCGAAAAAACGAGUCCAAAUUAAGAAAAAUGGGAAAAUAAAUGUCUCCUCUUCCUUUUCUCCCUACGCCACCCUUUUGUUUGUCCCUCUUACUCUCUCUCUGGCACAGCUUGGGUGUUCAGUCAAGUUCGUAUAAAAAAAGGCGCUGGGUUUUUGUUUUUCCUCCGCUCUGCGCUACAUGAUGAUUCGUGGCUCUGGGACCGACUCGUUGAUAGAUUUAUGAGGCAGGACGUUGGCGCCGUUCAGGUAAAGCUCGUCAUUCACGAUCACAUCCUCUCCCAAAACCGUCACGUUCUCCAUACGAACCUGGAGACAGAUAAAGCAGGAGGCGAGCCGUUAUCACACCUGAGCACAGCUGGGACCAGUAUCCAUGGAAACAGUGAGUGACGGGACAAACAAUAACCCUGGGAGUAAAACGACGGUUUUGUGCGAUGUGGAAGAAUGUGUCCGUCACCUACCCACUGUCCCACAGAGGAGCUCCACCCGACAAUGCAACUCUCCAGCCAAGAGUGCGAUCUCACCCGCGCUCCCUUCAGCACUGUGCAGCGUUUUAUCCUCACCCCGUCCUCCACCACCACGCCUGCCCCGAUGGUGACAUUCGGACCGAUGGUGCAGUUCUCUCCGAUCUGUGCUGUCGGGUCCUGAAGGGGCCGACGAGGGCAGAGAGUUUUGAAACGGUACGGUUCUUUACAUCGUAUGUUGUCAGCAGAGAGCUGAACUCACCACUAGAACGUUGCCAAGGAAACCAGGCCCUGUGCGUAGUCUCUCGGGAGCGUGUUGUCGUACAGACUGAAGGUACAUACACAUUCCUGUCAGGAAGUCUUUAGGCUGACCGAUGUCCAUCCAGAACCCUGCAGACAGACAGGCAGACAGACAGACAGACAGACAGACAGACAGACACACACAUUGACAGACAAACAGACAGAUAGCAUGCAGAGAAUCACAUCGUAAAUAAAUAAAAACACAGACCUCCACUAAGAGUUCAAAAAGUUAUUACUGCCUUAAAAAGAGACUGGAGAAGCGGUCAAAUGUGUUUUAGUCAUUACAGCUGUGACGAUCAGUUUCCUCUACUGUCCCAGUCUUAUUACUCGGCCUAAAUAUUUAUACUUUAAGUUCAUUAGACGGACUGACGCACAUUUACUUAUAAAAGAUGCCCCCACAUGACAGCACAGAGGGAAAAAAAACAACUGAGUUCAACAAAAGCUGCAGGAAAAAAAACUCUACUGCUGAUUUUUAAAGAAUGAAAGGAAACACAAAGUUUAUCUUCGGUCUGAGAAAGGCUGUCAAAAGGUGACUCACUUACUGGCAGGAGGAGGAUUGUAAACGAGUGAAACCACAGCCUGAGGAUUUAUGAGUUAUUUGGAUAACAUCGGAGUUUUUACAUGUUUCUGUCAUUUAAAUUUAGAGGUUUUUAAUUUACAGUGAUUUAGAUCAGCUGUGUUAAUUGGAUGAAUUUUGUUUCAAUGAUGGUAAACUUCAGUGGAAAUGAAUGGAUUCUCAUGUCUGGAGGGAAACCUAAAAGUUGGAGACUUUUUGGAUCUCAGGAAUCAAACCGCUGACAGAUUUUCUGAGGUUUUCCAGAGUCGAGACUCUUUUGGACAGAGGUUGAUGAAACAUUAAAAUUAUGCUUCACACAGACGUCCGUCUGCAGUUUCCAACGUCAUUCUCUGGAGUUGUAGAUUUUCAGGAAAGGCCCACUGAUAAAAACCUGUUUGUGAUUUUGGUUCAUAUUGAAAUAUUCAUUUGAAAACAUUUGGCUCCAAAAUAACCAGUUUACUCAUCAUGUGAAUACGAGCCUGAAUCAGUCAUUUAUUCCUGUUCAGUGAUUUUACACAAAGAGCUGCUCAGUGUGUCACCACAGACUCUGGAGGUUUUCUAAAGGAAAAGCUUCUACUCGGCUCACUCUAGAGGGUUUCACUGCUUCAGACACAGCUGAUCACUCCCAGAGAGGAAGAGGGAUGAAGAGAAGCACCGUUUUCAGCUGGACCCUGCAGAUUUUAACUUUUUUUUUAAAUCAGUCUCGUAGUUUACUAAACUUUAAAGAAACCUUUUGUUUUCUUCGUGGUGGUGCUUCUCUGCAAACGAUUCCUCCUGAGGACUACACGAGUUCAGGUGUGAGGAAAAACCCAAACACUUACGUCUGAAAGAGCUUUGAGCUGCGUGUCCAAGACGAGCAAACAGGUCAACUUACCGCACCAUAAAACAUCAAUAUCCUCAUCAUCAUUAUGCAGUCAUGUCUUUUUCAUAAAUCACUUUUAGGAAAUGUGCUGAUUUGAUCUCAAACAAAGAUGAUCAGAUUGACACCGAUCUCACAUCUCUUUGUUCAGAUGAAGGCGUCUCCAGCAGCAGACAGACUAUAAGUGAAACUGAAAAGAGUAGCAGAGAUACUGGAGCUCUGAAGUUUGUAUUAUUUUCGUGAACGCCUCAGGGCUUCAGUCUAAAGUGUCAGAGAUUAUAUCGAGGAUCAAACGUCACAUGACUAUUAACGUUCGCAGCUUCAAAUGUCACCAGUGCUUCAGAACAAACUGAUGAUGAGGCAUUAUCUGCCGAUCUUGGGAACAUCUGGCAGAGUUCAGUCCAUAAAAAGUCGUUUAAACUCCAAAAGUUUUUUUUUUUUUUCAAAGAUGUUUUUUAUUCGUUAGUGAGCCACUGUUAAAGAAAUCCAUCCAGCUCUAGUCCACAGCUUCACUUCACCUUUUGUUACUUUUAGUUAAUACUUCAAGAAACUUCUAAUUAAAAUCAACAGAUGUUUCUUCAACACUCUGUAAACGGACUUAUUAAAAAAGAUAAAUUCAAUAAGUAUUUCAGAUAAAGAAGGGGUCUUAUUUGCUUUUGUAGCUCAUAUAAAGGCACCAGAAAUAAUUCCAGUCCAUCCCAUACCAAGAAAAAACUCCUCACAGGGUUUUAAAGAGAUAUUUCAUAAGGAAUACUGCUUUUAAGUGUCUUCGCAGCAAUGGAUGCCAGAAACAGCUGAGAGAUGGUCCAUAAGUACGGUUCAGAUUUCAGCAGAUGGAGCUGAAUCGGCCAAAUUAUUUAGCUAAACUUGAGGAGACCCUGAUCCAACCACUCACCUCAGUUCAAGUGUACACACUACUUAGAAAUGUUGCCAGAAACUCAUACCACCUUAUUUCAUAAAAACUGAAAUUUCCCUUUAAAUUCUUUUUUUUUCAGCUCUGGAGUUUCUCAGUGACCAAAACUGAAUCUGUAUCUAAACUAAAAAUCAAUCAGGAACAUUUUUAGUUGGUGUCUAAUCAUUGAGACUUAAUUCAAAAGUAAAAAAAAUAAAAACAUCUGCCUGACAGUGGAACAGCUCACUUUUUUACUGUUUUUUUUUUUUUUGUGAUUUUACGCUUUUGUUGGAGUCUCACCUCAGCUUGGGGAAGACAUCCAUUGAAGGACUAAGACUAAGAGUUGAACCUGGGACCACUGUGAUGAGGACUGCAGCCUCUGUGUAGGGGGCUCACAGUUUGACAGCUAAGCCAAACAGGGGUCAGAAGACUCACCUCUAAAUACAAAAAUCCUCUUUGUCUAAUGAGGACGUGUGUUCACAGACAGACGGUUAGGAGACCUGAGGACCGUGACACUGGCUGAAUCUGCUGCUGCUGGUGCCUUAACACUGAACAUCUAUCCAACAUCAGUGAGUGAGUCAGUUUAUUUACAGGUGAAAUAAUCAUUUAAAAUAUUAAACUGACGCAUCUUUGAAUAAAUGAAACACUUAUUGUAGAUUUUGUUGUGGCUCUUGCGUUGUUAGUAGUAAUUAUAGUUACCCUGAAGCUCCAUGGCGUACAGAUGUCCCUCCUGAGCCAUGACGGGAAAAAUCUCUUUCUCUAUGGAGGUCGGUCUCAGCUGUUCACAGAAAAAGUCAUAAAUAUACUACAUGUAAUGGCACAGCUUUAAAUACAGGUGUCUGUGUGUGUGUGUGUGUAAGAGAGAGACUGACCUGGAUCCUGCUGAGCAUGCUGGGAUUGAAGAUGUACAUGCCAGCGUUGAUCUUGUUGGACACAAAGACCUGAGGCUUCUCUACGAAACGAUGAAUCCGUCCGCUGUCCGUCUCAAACACGACCACUCCGUAUUUUGAUGGCUCCUCAACUCGUGUGACCUUCACAACCACACACACACAACAUCACACGUGGACACACGAAACACAGUUGUGUAUAAGCAAUUUGACUCUCUCUCUCUCUCUCUCCCUCUCCCUCUCCCUCUCUCUCUCUCUCUCUCUCUCUCUCUCUCUCUCUCUCUCUCUCUCCCUCUCUCUCUCUCUCUCUCUCUCUCUCUCUCUUACCACGAUGGUCCCCUCUUUGCCGUGGUUGUGGUGGAACUGCAGCAGGUCCUUGAAGGGAAAAUCACAGAUCACGUCUGAGUUGAGGACGAAGAACGGCUCGUUGUCAACAUUCAGAAGCUCUCGAGCCAAAGCCAGGGGUCCGGCUGCAGACAGAGACAAACAUUUUCAUUUCACACAUUUGUGUUUAUUAGAUCGGAAAUUCAGUCGGAGUCUGCCUGCGACAAGCUGCAGCUACACAACCAAGAACAUAAGGCCAGAGCAGACAGAAGAUACAGACCCAGUCCUGGUUUUAUAUCAUCAGUGGCACAAUACAACAAGUCUACAGUUGUCCUUUAUUUUUUGAAAGGAAAGAAUUUUCAAUAACUGAUCAGAACAGGCGUACUUCUGAUUACCUUGUUGUUUUAAGUGUAUAAAACUACCAAACUAUUGAAAAUAAGUCAAAAAAGAUAUAAACAAUUACAUCAUAAUGAAAUUAUCUCCAUGAUCACUCUGAGUUAAAAAUAAAUAAAUAAAUAACCUGAUGUCAAAUAAUCAAAUUAUGCAAAAUGUUGGAAAGAGCUCAAACAAAAACAACUUUAAAGACAAAGACGCUCACCUGUUCCCAGAGGCUCCUUUUCAUGAGACAGAGAAAUACGAAUCCCGAGCUGAGGACAAAACAGACAAACAUUCACAAAUCUGAAGAAUUAGAACUGAAAUCUUAAUUCGAUGAACUGGAAACAUCUCAAAGAGGAUAAAAUAUUCAUAAACAAUCUAUCUGGAGGAUUAAAAUGUCCAAUGACUUCACAGACCUGUUUCCUGUUCUAUGUCUAAAAAGUAUGUUUAGUUAACUGUAGAGAAAAGGUUUUUUUUAACAUCCAUAUGAGUCGUAUGUAUGCGGUACAUCACUGCUGUGAUAUUUUGUCAUACGUACUCUCUCCUCCUGGACUCUCAUCUCUCUCUCCAGCAGCUCUGACAUGUAGCUCACAGCCAGAAUAACAUGGGUCACCCCGGCCUGUGUGCACAAAAACACAAAAUAACAGUUAUCAGAAAGCAGCAGGAGAGAGGAGAACGCCCCUCGUUUGUCUGUCAAAGCAGAAACCUUCUGACUUUAGAGAUUCUUCAACAGGAGGAAAAUGAAAGUGCACCUCCUUACCUUCACCAGUGCCUCCACCUGGUGCAUCAGGAUGGGUUUGUUGCAGAACUCCACCAGCGGUUUGGGGACACUCAGGGUGAGAGGUCGCAGUCGGGUCCCGUACCCACCCACCAGGAUCAGAGCCUUCAUUUUCUCAGCUGUUAGCGAGCGUUACCGUUACCUCAUUAAUGACAAGUCAGCAACCAGCCUGAGAGGAGAGAGGAGAGUCACAGUGACCCAGGAGGACGCAGCAGCAACUUCAGGUACGAUAUGCUGGCUUCUGUGAUCUUAGAGUCUUUUGGGUGUUCACUCUGAGACUGUGAAUUAAAGCCUUUAUGAAAACGUUUGAUGAACUGUUAUAAAACCCCAAACUGGGUCUCCAGAAGCCCAAAGUUACCUACAACCUGCAUUGCAAACAUGUAUCACUUUAGAAAUAUAAGCAGGUGUGAAAAAGUUUCUUUUUCUUCAUCAUGAUUUAAUUCAAAAAGGUAUUUUCUUAUUUAUUGUAAUAUUUAUGACACAGAAGUAAAAAAAUAGACUGAACAGAAUCUAAGAACAAAAAAAUACAAUCAUUAUAACACAUGUUUAUAGACAGGAUGACUUGAUUUUAAUUUAAACAUAAAAAUGACUAAUAUUGUAAAAUCUUCAUCAUCUGUAAAAUGCAAAAAAAAAAAAAAUUAAAAAUAAAAAAUUAAUGAAAGAUUGAUUUAUCAACAUAUUGACAUGUCGUAUCAGCUUUGGCGCUCACAAGGCUGAAACCACUGUAACCUUCUCACCUAUUAAAAAUGCAUUUUUCUAAUCUCUCAUUAACAGGAUAUAAUAAUCUAAAACUGUUACUUGUUUGUGUUUUAAUUCAAACUCAUUACUAUUGUGCAGGAAAACGUCUCAGAUUGCUGGACAGAAACCCAAAAGCCCCUCCUAGUAGGACGGGGCGAUUAUAUGAUCGGGGUUAAUGAUCGGGAUAAAUUUCAGUCCGAUCACGGUGAUCAGCUGUGAGCUUUUUUACUCGAUCAAACUUGGCGAAACUGUGCAUCACAACAGCCAAUCAGAGUCGAGCUUUUCCUGCUCACUUCUGUAAGUUGCUGGACAAGUAAACAGAGUAACCGAACGUGGAGCUGAGGGCAGUAAAAUAGAUGUCAGCCAUGACUUUGAGUCAUCCUCCAAAGAUGUUAUUGUUGAGAAGAAAAGUUAAUAUUUAGUAUUUAUCUAUUUAUUUUUUAGUUUUGAAUACAGAUGCUUUAAAACUGGCAGUUUAAAAGUAAUCGUGAUAAUAAUCGAGAUCGGACAAUAUGACAAAGUAUAUUGUGAUCAUUUUUUUGGCCAAAUCGCCCAGUCCUACCUCCCAGUGAUAUUUCACUGAGCCACAUAUUAUUCUGUUCACAUUCAUUACAUCAUAUUUAUUGAGGUUAAACAUACAAAUGAAAAGGUGUGAUAUCAGUAUUAUCUAUCGGCCAUCAGCCAACCCGCUCACUCAUCAUCGACCCUUGAAUAUCUGUAAUCAGUCGACCACUACAAAAAACAACCUCAAUGUAUUAUUGGUGUUAUACUAUAUCAGCCAUCAGCUGACCUGCUCUCUAAUAAUCGCCAUCAGUUAUUGAAAACAGGAUCUGUCUUUUGCUGGACUUCACAGGUACCCUCUUGUCCGAGUCUCUGUGGGGGUCCAGAUCCUGAUCUACAGGCUGCUGAACUGGUCUAACCUGAACAUUGCUGUGAUACCACAGGCAGGUGUUUCUGAGAGGAGACCCAAGGUUUGAAUGGAUUUGAUAUAUUUUUACAUCUUCUUCUUAAUUAUGAGUCCAUCACUGUCAUUACUUAUAAAACAGGUGAUCUCGUGACACUUAUAAAGCAUUCAUCACCCUCUCAUGAUCACUGUCUGAGGUUCUUAUUCAUGGUCUCAUCUCAGGCCCCAUGAGUUCAUUCAUUCUUUAUGAAGGUCUGGCUGUGCUGUUGUGUGAGGAAGCUUGUAUUUUUUGGUUUUUGAUAUAAUUUAAAUACUAACAAGAGAAAACAGACAAGAGCAGAUACUUUAAGAGGAGCUACCAAAGUGGUCAGAGUAAAACAACAUUGCUUAGUUUACUCCACCGUGAAAUGCCCACAGUUUAUGAAUGAAUGAGGCUAAACUACAGGCUAAGAGUUCGGAUAGUAAAACAGAACAAACUGUGCUCAUGUUUGAACUCUGGCACAAUAAACUAACACUGACUGUAGCUAACUCAUUUUAGCAAAGCUAGCUCUAUAACUCCUCUAUUUAUCUACAGAUAUUAAACACGAGCUAACGGCUAGCUGCUCCUACUGUCAGACUGUGUACAAGUACUUUAAAAUAAAUUAAACUUACAGAGCAGUUUCAGCAAAAGCCUCCCGGGGAUUUCUAAAUCACUGAAACUCUGGGAAUGACACGUAAGAUCGUUCAAAUCCCGAUUCCUUGUUUGGUUUCCUGUCCAGCCGGUCAGUGUCAGGUCAAACAAUGUGGUCUCAACAACAUCCGGAUAAGGAUUUCACAAUAAGAGCACACCCCAGUUUGAAGCGCUUGAAAGUUUCCUUUUUAGUGUUUCAGUGAACUUCAAAAAAACAUUCCCCACUGAGCACUUUUUGGUCUAAAAGAGGUCUAAUAGACGCCUGAAUGUAGCCUAGACGACUGUUCUAAAAUCGGGCAACCACAGGUCUGAAAAUGAAAAAACUUUAGACGCCUAAAUUUGGACCAAGUUUGGACCAAGUCUAAAUCUGGGCUAUAUCCUCGGUGUUUUGAACUAACGGAAAGUCAAUUACACCAUAUAUUAUCAAAUAAUGAUGAUUACUGGCAUUUGAAGCAAUUAACGUACAAUUGAAAUAAAUGAAAUGUUUUCCUCUGAAGCAAAUUUCACUCCGUUCAUUGAAAAAAACCCGCCCCUCAGAAUCGAAGAGAUAAUUAUCGAAGAAUUAUGAGAUAUUUUUACAUUAUAUUUUUUACAUAUUUUUUUUGCCCCGGUUACCUGGAUUUACCAUAUCUUGUUUGUUGAAAAAAAGAGAAAACAUCUAGCUAACCACAGAAUUAUUUAAUGAGUCUGAGAUUUAGUUAAUUCAAAAAACAGGGUCGAUUAGUUGGUUAAUUUACACAAAAAUUAUGCUCUGAGAAGAUAAGCUUGUCAAUUCGGAGGAACAGAGCUGGGCGCUUUUAUUUUGAAGAUAAAAUCAUCACGUUUCCGGUAUACCCUGACAACACUGACAGACUUUAUUGUCCACCCUUUACUUGUGUCAGUGACUCAGGGGUGUUAAAUUCUCUACUUUUAAUUGGAAAUGUACUAAAUGAAUCCAACAGGAGAACCUGUGAAAAUUUACUGUCCUAUAUCAAACUUGAUUGUUAACAGACGCUCGUAUUCGCCACACCUGAUCUAUAUUUUCCCCGGUAUUUAUUUAUACUUUUUAUCGCGCCCCUAUCAUGUGACACAUCGGUAUGUUCCAAACACUCCAGCCCCGCCCCCUCAGCACUCUGGACCAAUAAAAGAAAAACAGCGUGGCGACAGGAGGUGGUCGAUCCUGAAUUCAUUCACUGGAUUUAUAUAAUUCAGAGAUUUAGACAAAGACUUAUGACAACGAAGUCAUUUGAGACAUUGCAUAUGAUCCCGGGAUAUCUGUUUAAGAGUUAUAUAAAACUUCAAUGCAACUUCUUGCUUUCUGUAAAGAAUCAGAUUUAAUUUGGACAAUUUUGAUAAAAAUUCACGGGUUUUCACACCAUUAUAAAUUAAGACCCUUUCGAAUAUUUCUGCACCUUUACCAGCUUUGAUAAAACCACACUCACACUUCCACCACUGCAGAAUCCCACACCUUUAUCAACAUUUCAGAGCACCUGAACUUUUAUUUUGGCAAAGAAGCAAAAUCAAAAUUAAAUAUUUCAUAAAUAGCUUUUAAUAUUCAAUCUAUAGUUAAAUGAUUUUGUUAGAAAGCCAAUAAUCAUCUCGACUGUUAGAAACUGGUAAAAUCCCUCCUGUUGGAACUGGAAGCACAGACUGGCUCAAACUGAAAACACUUAGCGCACAGACAUUCAUGCACAAAUUGUAUGGAGUGUGUUCUCACUGAGUUCUCAUUAAAAAAAAUAAAUUAAUAAACAAGUGAUAUGUCAUUCAUUUCUUUUCCCAGAUACACCACAAGCACUGAAUGUCAGUGAUAAAAGCUGUUCUGUAACAACGCAGCACGAUCACAUUCACAACAGUUCAUUCAAAAUUUCAUGAAAGACGACUCUGUUGUCGGGUAAUGGAUUUAAAGAUCUCCAGGUUUCUGUGCUCAGACUCAACUCAGUCAUAGAGAAACCCAAAAGCAAAGAGUGUUGGCUGCUGCCACUGAAGGUCAAGUUCGAUUGUCUUGUCGUCUAGAUAAUUGGAGGUCAGAGUUCAGAGGGAUUCCAGCGCAGGUCACAGACCAGGGCGAUGUGGUCGGAGGGAUGAGCUACACUGGGCAGAGCCUCAUAGGUGGUGACCUCCUGGUGGCUGGGCAGAGGAAUCACCUGCUCCACCUGCACAAACACACACACACGCACAGAGGACAUCAAUCCAUUCUUGCAUGAGCUCACCUCGGCUUUACUCUGAAAUGCUAAGAGGCGAGGUGGAAAUAUUCCAGGGAGGAAAACUGUUUGUUUGUGUUUGUAUGUGGAGGAACCUUGUGUAGGUCUGAAAAGGGCUUAAGUGGUGGUUCUGCUGCACCAGCUCCUCCUUUUGGACAUUUUCUCCUACAUGUGUAACAUCCAGUGUCUAUAAGGUGGGUAUCAGUAUCAGAAUUCGUACCUUCAUGCUGUCCUGCUGGAUGAAGAUAUAAUCCAAGCAGCCAUGAAACCCUCCAACGUAGUUUGUGUAAGCGGGUUGUCCACAGGCGCUCUGCAGCGGAGGGAAGGCAGAAAGCAGCUCCAUCCUGCAGGAGUCCUCCAGCCCCGAGCUGUCCCAGUCUGCAUGCUGCUGAGGGACCACGGCCUCACUGAGCAGCUGGAACACACCUGAAGUACAACAAAGAGGAUACACAACGACACCAUACGACUCAGUGACAGGAGAAAAGGCUGAAGUUAGUGUGAACAGCAGAGUGACUGCCCGUAAAGUAAGCCAAUCUGUUACCUGAGGUUGGGACAGAGUUGAAAUCACCACAGAAGAUAAGAGGGGCUCCAGGUGCAACCUCACUGAUCACAUGACCCAGGUGUUUCAGAGCCACGCCCAUCUGGACCAAGCGGACAUUCCCUCCUUUAGACAAAUUCAAGUCAGUUCCUUUAAGCUCUUAUCAGUCUGCUCUUACUGAUUUAGGUCUGUUCAUACAUCGUUUUACCUUUUGGGUGCCAGUACAGGUGUGUAUUAGCCACACAAACCUUCCUCCCUGGUUUGUUCAGGUCUUCAAGCACACUGACCUGCAAAGAAAUGAGUCACAGCUUGUGCUCACCAAAACUGAAGUGCCACAAAACAGGGAAUUUCUUGUUUUCAUGCAGCUGUUUUAUGACAAGAAGUGUCUCAAACGACCGAUUUGAGGAUCACAAUUAAAAAACAAAAACUCUCUGCUUCUCAUACCUGCAGCGUCGUGGAUCUCUGCAGUAUCUUCUCCUUCAGAGUGCUGUUAGUGGAGAGUCUUUCCAACAGCUCAGAGUGGAUGGGGUCAGACGUCAAUGCUUCACUUAGCAUGAUGUCAUGUUGGCUCAGCAGCUUAAAUUUGGACCUGAAAGAAAACAUGAUGUAAUCUUUAGUGUCCUGGAUUAAAUCCUGGAUUUAAAAAGUUUAUCAUCAUAUUAACUGAGCGCUGUUGUUACAAACUAUAAACUGCUGUGAAUGAGCUGCUUUGACUCAAACAGCUUUAAAACGAACAUCCUUUGACUUUUUGGUGUGUAGGACUGAUCAGGUCUGUAACCUUGUGAACGUAGAGACAUGUCAGGGCUCAUUGUGGUAUUUCUCAUGAGGCCCAAAAACCCCAGUGGUACCCUGACCCAGAGCAGCAGAAUAACACCAAACUGAAGCUGCAUGCACACUCACAAAAACACACACAUCAUGAGGACACUGUAUCGUAGUUCUGAACGCCGGCAGACCUGACCUGCGGUAGAAAGUGGCCAGUCCUUCAUGCUGCUUCUCUUUCACCUUAAACACACCAUCCAGACCGAAGGCGUCCAGAGUCGGAGUCAGACUGUCUAUGAACACACCUGAAGAGUCCAGAGAAUAUCAAGAGGGUCAGGCAGCAGCAGGUUAAGGUCUUAACUUAAAGGUAAAUAUUAUCUUGUAAACAUAGAUCCCUUCCAGGUUUUUUUAAUUUGCUAUUAAUAUUCAAAGCAAUGAAGGUGCGUGUCAUAAAAGUGUAAGAAGUUUAGUUUCUUCAGUGUUAUCCUUAAACAUACUGGAAAAAACACUAAAAACUUCAGAUUUUUUAUGAGUGGAUUUUGGUGGAAUCAUCGUCUCAAAUUUUCAGAUGAUGAUUCAAGACAGAAAGAGUAGAUACUGUUCAAAAUUAUAAGGUUAUAAUUUCUGCACUGAUCACCUUUGUCGACCUCCUGCAGACACAUGAUGUCAGCGUUGUAUCCAGCCAGCUCCUUCUUGAUCAGGUUCAGCCUGUAGUCCAGCUGCAGGGCGUAGGGAGCACAGUAAGGGUAGAGUACCGUCUUAGAUAACUCAGUCUGGGCGUAGACAUCAGCGAGGAUGUUGUAUGACAUCACCCGCACGGACGGCCACUCUGCCUCUUUGAUUGUGUACAUGUGUCUGUUGUCGAAUGUGCACACGCCUGGCCCCGCCUCCACAGCUCCCCCGGAGAUCAGCUCCUUCACCAGGCCGCUGCGACCCCCGCCUUUAGGGGUACACCGCAGUUUGAGCCUGCGGCCAAUGUCCUGAGUUGAGGGGACGUGAACUCGACCGCACCCAACCUCCGUCCAACCGCCAUCCUGAGCAGAUGCUUCUGCAGCAGAUUCAGGACUGAAGCAAGAACAAGAAGAGACAGAUUAAUGCUUCAUCUUCAUUAUUCAUUCACCAAGUAUCAGCUCUAUUCAUCUGAUUCAAACCAGCCUCAGAAGUCUUGCUAUGUAUUGACAUGAUCCAGACAUGCCAGCAACUUCUGACAACUCGGAGCCUGAGUCUACUUAGAUGGACUUAGAUGAAGUAAAAUACUGUCCUGUUGUCUGAUUUAUCAAAACUUGACAUUAUUUUUGGAAAUUAUGAUGCUGGCUCCCUUGCUCUGAAAAGGUGAGAGACCACCACGUGUUGUCAGCGCACAGUUCUAAAACCAGCACGAGCAGCUUAUGUACUGGGAAGGCUCCAUGACUGCUGAACAAUGUCCACUGGCUGCCACCUUCUAGAUUUUACCUUUUCAGGGAAGACCUUGCACAUUCAGCUGGUUAAUGCCAACCUCAUUCAGCACAUACUGCAACAGCAUGACCAAGUGGCAGAAGAGUUGAGACUCAAAAGACAUGGUUAUUGAUUUUGUCUUUUGUGAGCCCUGCUGCAAAACUAAUUUCCCUUGACGAAACAAUGAAGAGAUUCUGAUUCUGAUUCCGACUUUGGGGGAUUUAAGGCUGACGACCAAAACAGACCCCCAACCUGUGGCUGAGUGAACCAUAACCCAUUCACACAGACUCACUCUUAAUCCCGCUCUCUCUUAACUUACCUCGUCUCUGGGUGGGUUUCUUUGAACCAGGUGAACUCGCAGUCUUGCAGGUUUCCAAACUCCACCUCCAGGUUGGGGCAGACAGGGAAUCCAGCCAGCAGAGACACCGGGAGCUCCGCGUUGGUGAAGGUCGGUGCGUUCCUCUGUACAGAGUAUUUCACCUCUCCCACCUGCAGCACGGCUCCGUCCUGCCACGCCUCCGAGUUCAGCACCGAGUCCGCCACCUCUCCGCCUUCAUAAAACAGCUUGACAACGGUGGGCUCCGCGGCUUCACUCGGCUGCUGACCCUUGUUCUUCUUCGACUUCUUCGCCUUUCCUUGACCCUUGACGAGGUUGUUAGAGAUCCGGACCAGGGCCUUCCCCACCGCCUCGUCCUGGUCCCGCAGCAUGUGCUUGUUGUUGCCAUCCAGACAGAAGGAGAUGGUGAGUUUGGGCUCCCCGGGGAGGCACCUCACCGCGGCGAGCUCCAUCCUCCUGCCCAAGGGGAGGCUGGAGACUCGGGUCACAGUCCGCGGGGAAGACGACAGCAGGCGGCGGGGGAGGCGAUGGAGAGCAGCGGAGAGAUGCUUCAACAUGAAGUCCCCGGCGGCAGGGAAACUACUGUGACGCCAAAUUACAAAGGUCACAUAAACAAACGGCCAACAGACGGCGGAGUGACGUCACCUCGUUACGGAAACGUUGAAAACUGCAAGUUAGCCUGGAUGCUAACCGGCGAAGCUAACCCGGAGAAUAAACCGGCAAAUGGAGUGUUAAAUUUGAGCUAAUUCAAGUAUGAUUCAAGGUAAAUUGCUUAAAAAUGUCAAGACAACAAUUUUACUUAGAUAACAUGUCCUGUGAUAAAAUAUGUUUCUAAAAAAUAGGCUCGUUUGCAGUCCUUACUCCACAACAAGUCAGCAGGGACGUCUUCUUCUUCCCUAUUACAAAAUUGUCGGUUAGACGCGACUACAUGCUCACUGCCACCCAGCGGACAGAAGCAACAUUGCAGCGGCCUUGUAUUUUUACACUGAGACCAAAAUUGUUCAACCUAACCAAGUUUUAACGCGUACAGUACAGGCCAAAAGUUUGGACACACCUUCUCAUUCAAUACAUUUUCUUUAUUCUCAUCACCAUUUAAAUUGUAGAUUCUCUGUGAAGGCAUCAAAACUAUGAAUGAACACAUGAGGAAUCAUGUGCUUAAGAAAAAAGUGUGAAGUAACUGAAAACACGUAUUAUAUUUUAGAUUCCUCAAAGUAGCCACCCUUUGCUUUUUUGAUAGCGCUGCAAACUUUUGCUGUUCUCUCAAUGGGCUUCAUGAGGUAGUCACCUGUUUUACCUCACAGGUGAGCCUUGUCAGGGUUACUUCGUGACUGACAGAGUCAGAAACUAAGUUUUUUUGUCAUCAAGAGCAAAGGGUGGCUAUUUUAAAGAAACUAGAAUAUAAAACAUGUUUUCAGUACAAAAUUCUACAAGUGUUCAUUCAUAGUUUUGAUGCCUUCAGUGAUAAUCUACAAUGUAAAUAGUCAUAUAAAAAACAUUAAAAAAAGAGAUUGAAUGAGAAGGUGUGUCCAAACUUUUGACCCGUACUGUACGGAGAAGCCUUACAACUUCACACUUCAUCGAACUCAGGAAGCAAAAAAACCCGGUUAAAUUUAGAUUUGUUUUUCAAAUGUGAUCUUUUUAAAUCUCGUAGUGCUAAGAUGACAACAAUAGUUUUCAUCUGAAAACAAGUUGAUUUCAGUUUCCUCUUAAGAGUCCAACUCAUUCUGUUCAAUAUGUUUCUGUGGAUAAAAAGACACCAACAAAAGGUGCGUUUAUUGAUGUUUUUAUUAAACUCUCAAAUACAGAAACUCACUGAUGAGCAAAUAAAAAAUGAUAGAAAUAUAUAUUUUUAAAAAUCUACUCCUGAGCUGAGUAAUUAUUACCACAACAGAAGCUGUCACCAUAUUUUUAUGUGUUUCAGUCUCUGAUCGUCUGCAGGGUGUCACUACAGCACAUUUUUGUCUGCAGUGUUUUCCACACAGCAGUGCUCCAGCUGUUCAGAGUUCGGAGGGUAGUAGACAUGGGCCUUGUGUUCGUCUUCGUGCUCGAUGUGUUUCAGGUGGAUGACCAUGUGCAGGGCGUAGGCCAGGACCAGCAGCAGGAUGAGGGACGUGAUGAGGCCCAUCAGGAUGGCGGGUGUCAGGAAGGUGGCGCAGUCACUCGUAGGAGAGAAUUUACCAGAGGUGAUGUUGAAUGCCUGAAUCUGAGGAGAGGACAUUUAAGAGGGCUUAGUUCAUGGUCCCACAUGAAUCCUCUUGGGAAUCAAAAAUGUGAGGGAACAGGAUAAUAGUCUCAGAAUGACAUUUGUUAGAUGUCUGCUCUUCCUGGUUUUCUUGAACAUCUAGAUUUGCAACAGGAAUUUACAGAUGUUUUUAUUUAAACAUUAGGUGCUUAACAAAGAAUUUUUAUAAACUGGAUGAAAAAAAUAACAGGUACCUGGAAGUUGGUGAAGGUGACACUCCAGCGGCGUGCAUGCUCAGUGCUUGGCAACAGCAGGGCGCUGUGGCGCUGCAGACUGCUGACAUGGAGGCAGUGAUAGGAGGAGGAGGCAGGAGCGUACAUCUCGGAGGCGUUGAAUACAGCCUCUUCAGAUUUGUUGUAGAGCAGAGACACGCCGUCCACCGAGAACCACCACUGACCCGAAGACUCGUAGAAAGUGUUGGACAGCUGCAGUCUGAUAUCAGACGAAGGAGAAGAGACAAUCAGUCCAGAUUCAAAUGGAAAAUAUUAAGUAUGAUCUGAAUAAAAAGUGCCAGAAUGACUAACUUGAUGGUCAGAUCUCUCAAAUCCUCCACAUCUCCAAACCUCAUGACCAGCCUGAUGAUGAAGGGAGACAAACACACUGACUUGAGAGACAAAAACUGAGACCUUCUGCUGCUCUGUUUCAUGAUCCACCCUCCUCUGACACUGGUGAUAGUCACUAUUUAUGUGGACUUUCUGCAUGUGUCUAACCGUACAAAUACAACCUCAGUUCUGUUAAAGGUGAGGCACUAGGUUCAUUGCAAAUCAGUUAAAGCCUGAAUUUAAUUGAAAACGUCUCAAAGACAGCACAUUUUCAUGAGACAGGUGAGCAGGUGGGUCAUGGGGAAAGACAGGUGUUCGUACGUGGCCUUAUCCAGGCUGCAGACAGACUUGCUAGUGUCGACAGGUUUUAGAGGAGAAAACGUCCUCUCUGUCAGGUCCAGCUGCUUCUGCUUCUCAAAGCGUAGAGACAGUUUUCUAGCCUGGAACAAGAGGCAUGGCUCCCCAUUGGACAACACCUGGUGGGCGGAGACAGUUGUGUUACUGGACGACAACAUGGAAUGGGACUACGAGAAUGAGAAGAGUUUGUGAGUCAGCACAGACUGUGUUUGAAAAUGAGCCAGUGGACAAAUGUGAGAGGGGGGAAUGUAAACCUCAAAACUGGUUUAAAGUGACUGUCUAUACACAAGAUUACUGUGAAAAUGUUUCUUCCUGUGACUCUUUACACAGUGAUAAUGGAUGGUUAAUUCUGCAGAGCGUCACCUUGAGGGGAGGGAAAGGAAGUGCAGCUCCUGGGGCCUGAAGUAACCUCCUCCGAGAAACAUCUGGAGUCUAAGGAGGAGGUGAGAGAGGAGGAGAAGAAGAAAAGAACUAACUUAUCUGACAAAGCACUACUUUGUUGAGACCUUAAAUCAUGACACUCAUCAGUUGAAAAAUCUUUUUAUUAAGAAGAUUUAUUCAAAUGCAAACACCAGCAACUAUACCUGGAUCUUAAAGAAAGUAAAUCUGUAGUUUAUUUUUAAAUUAAACACUUGUGUGUCUGUUUUUUCACCACUGUUGUCGCCCUCUAAGAAAACCUUUACAAGUCUACCUGCAGAAGUCUGGAGGGAUCCUCUCCUGGUGAAAAACUCUCCUCAGUCCACAGUCCGUCUUCACGGUGUGCCGCUCCUUCAUCUGCAAAGACAGACGACAGGAUGAAAUCUCGCAGGAAAUUAAAUAAAUCAUUAUAAGGAAGAGCCAGUGAGUGCUCCAUUUUUACAGUUCGUUGGAAAAAUGGUGGUUUGCAAAGACACAAAUGCAUCUGUUUUGUUUGUAAGGGUGUUUGAAUAGAUACAAAGAUAGAUAGAUAGAUAGAUAGAUAGAUAGAUAGAUAGAUAGAUAGAUAGAUAGAUACUUACUGUAAUGAGAAGAAACAGCAGCACUGUGAAGAGAAGAGGCAGAAGCAUCAAUGAAUCAGAAAUUUCAGGCGUUCGUUUUCUAUUUUACACUACUGAAUGCUACAACAGAGGCUUCAAAUCGAUGCAUUUAAAAAAACGAUAAAAUAGAUAUCAAACUGCCUUGAUAUUUUUGGACAAGUGAUUGUGAGAUGAUGGAUGCAAAAAAGCAAAAUCAGUGCAGCCAGAGUUACCUGCCCAAACUAGCUCACAAGCACCACUCUAUGAAGUAUUAUUCUUUUAUUAAACAGUCCCUCAUGUUAACCAGUGUCUGCUACAAAAGGUUAACAUGCUCCAUAAAGUUCACGUCCCCUUUAAACCAACUUAAAGCUCCAUGUUUACGGAAAGUUCAGGAAUCUGUAUUUAUAAAUGGAGCUGUCACAUUAUGAAAUCUGAAACAGAGGAGAGAGCGACCAGGAGAUGGAUGUGAUAUUUCUGCUACCCAGAAAGCAUCUGUGUAGUCCAGUGACCCAUGUGACCCUGUGGAUUAGUGUUUAAGGUAACAGACAGAAUGAUCAAUCUGCAGCAGAGAUGUACUAUUGCAGCGAUGACCCACUCUAACCCAGAUUACAGGAAGUAAGACUUAAAAUAAUGGACCAAGAUUCAACAGGAGAAUCAGCUUAACACAAUACAGCAGCUCUGAUUGAUUCUGCAAAACACUCUGGUGGGUUUACGGUUUAUUUUUUCAUGUUUUUGUGAAACAGGAUUUCACUAGUGUUUGUCCUUUAAUGCCUCCAAAGGGAAAAUGUUUGAUAAAGUGAGGUUUUAAAGUAAGAGGUUUGGUAUUGUGUAGGUUGGCAUUUUGUUGACCUGCUCUCCUGGGGUCUCUGCUGAAGACCACCUCCUCUUUACUCCUACACGGGUCACAAUGCACACUGCAUUUGCUAUUUAGAUUCAAACAGCGUUGCAGUUUUCAGCUCAUGCUUAACCAGGACUGUAUGUCGGUGUGGUUCGAUCACUUUUUUGAUCAACAGUCCUGGAAACAGGUUAAAUUAACCUAAAGACAUUUUUGAUUAAAGCUCCUGUGAGGAACUUUUGGUUCAUGUCUAUUUUGGCGCCUCCUGUGGACAAGGCAGUCAUUGCUUUUCCUAAACUCUAUACUCUUCAGUUCAUCCAGCGAAUGUUUGGGGGUUUAAUUUAUUAACUAUCGUGAACAUGUUAUAUGAAAAAUGUAAAAACAUGUCUGUUUGUCCAACUUCUCACAGGAGCUUUAAAAUGUUGAAAUUAGUUUAAAUAUCAUGUUUAUGAACAGUAAAAGUUGUUCAUGGUAUCUGUUUACCUUCAAACUAGAAAAAGAUGCAAGAUUUACUAAAACCAUACUGGUGAGUGGAUAUCACCAUCUGCCCUUAUAGGACUCACCACCUAAGAUUAUGUCAAAUUAUCCUCACCCUCUUGUUUUAAAGGUGAUGAUAAAAAAUGUCUUGGAAAGGUUAUUUUUUUUCAAGCAUAGAAAAUACCAGUAUGCAUUAACUAUUCCUGAAAGUUCAUUAUAAUGAAAUUGCAUUAAUUUGGCUAAUUACAUUAAAUAUCAAAUUACAGUUAAUUUUAGGAAGUCUUAAACUGCUGUCAAACAAUAAUCAAUAAAUGUGAGUAUUUGUUGUGAAUAAAGUUUUUAAAUGCUUUUUCUUCAUUUUGCUGACACCACCCCCUCAACACAAUUAAAGGCUUGAAAAAUACCAAAAUGGAAGUUUUCUAUCUGUUUGCCAAUGGCCUUAUUUUCUUUGAUAGUUCAUAAAGAAGCCUCUGUGUUAAUUUCAGUCCAUUUUAUAACCAUCUAAAAUCUCCUCACAGGAGCUUUAACAGAAUAUGGUAAAACAAUCAUGGAAAUUUCUGACUACAUGAAGAUUUGACCAAAUUAAACUAGAAAUAGCUGCUCUGUCCACUCCUCACUGUCAGAUAGGAGCGUGCAGCUUUGUACCUAAUAAUCUGUACAUCUAAUCUAAAUGAACCCAGCGCUGCUUCAUCCACCCGCAGACUCUCUGGGUGUAAAUCCUCUCAGUAGAUGAAGAUUAAAACGUGUUUCACAUAUUUAUCAGCAUAUAACAUAUUUUCAACCUUCUCUGUUUACAGCAUGACGCCUAUAGCCGUCAAAUCCUCCCCAACCCUCUCUCUCUCUUUCUCUGUGACGCUCUGCAGCCAAAAUGGUUUAGCCUUAUUGAGUCAGAAGGAUUGCAUUGAUUACAUAAUGAUGCAAUCGCACACACACGCACACACAUAUGCAUGCAUACACACACGCACACAAAGUUAGGGUCAUGAAGGAAGGGUGGCUCUCAGCCAAAAGAAGAUUUUACAGUUUCUCUCUCUUUUUUUUUUUUUUACAAUCAUCAGCUGCACACUGUAAAAAAUAGCACAUGAUAAAAAGCUGAAUUAUCCACUCCCUAAAAACUCAGAGUAAGAGCCACAUCAUUACCAUCUGAUUUUGUAUAUAUUUAUUAAUUUAAUUUGUUUUCAUCCUGUUCAAUGGAUGAUAAAAAUCAAACGACUCUGCAAAAAGCUUAAUUACGUUGAAGGAUUUACUUAAUGCUCUUAUUUCAUGUCUGAUGCCAAUGUUUGUAAAAUUCUGAUGCUCUGUUUAAGAAGAUCAGACCCGCCUCGUCUUUGUCCUCUCUUAACUCUCUGAUACAAACACACUGUUAGUGUGCACGCUUAUUUCACUGGUGUUGAUUUAGAGAUGUAAAAAAAUCCUUUUUGUGUAUCUUGGAUUCAGGAGGAACAUGUCACAAACACAGGUAACAUCUUAAACAGGAGGUGCAGCAGAUGCAUAAAGAAACUGUAGACACUCUGGCUGAUAUGCACUCUCAUUAUCUGUUUAGCACUUUUGAUGAUAAUGCCACAAUGCGGAACAUUCUUACUGCAAACUGCAUAUCCAAAUCUAAGACUAGCCUUAGGGUUGUAAAGAGCGGAACCUUGCAUGGUAAAAAUAAGAGAUAUGUUCAGUUUUACCAGAGGGAAAAAGCCUUAAAGUCAAAAAUACAAGAAGUGCUGUUGUUAAUUUUUACUAUCAUAUCUCUGCAUAAAAACACACCACAAUGCAGUAAAUAUCCCAGGAUGAAAACAUCAUAAUGCAUUUUUUCCAUUAUCCUGCAGGAUCCCAAUUUUAGAUGCUAUGUUGUGUUUUGCAGCUUUUCAGUAUAAUUAAACUCUGGUUGUAUUUAUCCGCUAGGUAAAAAUUAUGGGGAAAUAAAUACAGCUACAGGACAUACAUGGUUGUGAUAUCAUUACUUUGAGGCAACUAUAAGCAUAAAGACAUGAUAUUCAGUGUAACUUUUGAUAAGUAAAAAAUAAGGAGCUGCUCAGGGCACAAAUAUAGUUGUAUCCCUUUUCUUUGCACCUCUUGGCAAAUGAAAUUCUGUAUUUAGGAAAAGACCUUGAAAUAAAAGCUACAUUUAGAUUUUCCAUAUUUUAAUUUCUGAAAACAUCUGAAUAGAUGUCGGCUGUGCAGCACCACAACUGAAGAUACUGGGGUUUAUGUCUAUUUGAAUCUGCCUCCUGUUUACCCUCCCUUUAGCUCUUGUUUAAUUACACACCUAAGGAAACCACAAGAACAUUUCAGCCUCUUUAUGGCCUCAUUUACAAUAUGGUUCAGCCAUAGUACUCUUAGCAGCAAAGGAGCUUCUAGAAAUGUAUUGCACCAAAGCAUCUGCAGCCAAUUUGACGGAAAUGUUUCUCAGGAGAUGGUGGAGACCAAAGUGGAGUUAAAAAAGGGGGAAAAGAUAACACUGCUUAUACAUAUUUUUUAAAAAACAUAAUUAGUUGAUUAAAUGCCAGGUUUUUGGUCUACAGCUUGUUCUUUUGCCUCUGCAUACAUAUCACUUAAUGCAGCUGUACAAGAGCAAACACAAUCAGCAAAAGUACCCUCAGGGACUCUUUGACAACAGAGCAGUGACACAUCACUAAUCUCAGAGCUGAACGUGUCAGGAGUCAAAGAUUAGAGAGUUGCCAGAGGUCAAAAACAACCACAACAAGCAGUUAAGUCAGACAGGAACCAUUUCUGCCUUUUUUUUUGUUUCUUCACCCACCUGAGAGCAGGUUGCUGGUCGAUGCAGGCUGACGGCUGCAGAUGUAGGAGAAGGAAGGAAAGGAGGAGGAGGAUGCAGCGCUGUUUCCAUGGUGAAGCCAUCGCUCUGGUGACUAGAGUGAGAUGCCAGCAGACCAUCUCCCCCUCUCCCCCCAGUAAUCUACUUUAAUCAGCCCACUGUCUUUAAGCCCCCAUAACUGACAGGGGGCUGAGCCAAACAGGACACAGAAGAGACAAACAGAACCCAGAAAGCCCCGCCCCUUUCUGUUUGGGUAUUUGCUGGUCCCACAUUUUCUAAUUUAAAAGCAGCUCAGUCAAAACAAAAUAAAUUUCAUUAGAUUAAAGGUCAGCUUAAUGACAGAGUAGCGCUCGGCAUGUUGCAAAUUCUCACCAACAUAUAUUAGAAACCACAGAAUAGUAAAACAGUCUAUAUCUAUAUUUGACAUAAAGGUGGUUCAUUUAGAAACCCCCAGACUAGAAACAAAUGAUACAAGUGGCUUCAUGUAUACUAUAUUUAUAUAUAUAUAUUCUUCUACUAUUAUAGAGUUAUGCAGCUUGUUUUAUAGAGGAGAACCAAUAAAUUUAAGCAAGGUGAAGAGAUGAGGUUGGGACUCUCACAAGCUGAUAUGAUAAAAUGCCAUACAGUAUAUUUAAUGAAUUUCCCCCUGGGAUAAAUUAAGUAUUCUGAUACUAUGAUAUGAUACAAGAACUAUUAAACCAUGUGCAAAGAUAUGAUAGAAUAUGUUAGGGCCCAAAAUAAUUUCUGAAAACCACUGUCUGUGAACCCAAUUUACAAAUAAAAAAAGGUUUUCAGCAAGCUUGUCAUCACUACACAGUUUUAAACCCAGCAUCAUCUCCCAUGUACCUGUAAGUGCCCAUAACAUUGAUGGUUUAUACCUCUGUGAAGGCUCCAUUAAGGCCGAACAAUAUCUACAGGUUUAGGAGCAACAUCUGCUGCCAUCCAGACAAUGACUUUUUUCAGGGAAGACCGUCAUAUUUUAGCAAGACAAUGACAAAAAACACACUCUGACAGCAGCGAUUACAACAGCAUGUCUCUGUAGUAGAAGAGCCCUGCAGAGAAACUGAUGCACCUAAAAUCCUUUAUCAGGCAGGUAAACAUUCAAGUGUUGUUGAACGACAACACAAUGUGGCAAGCUCUAAUCAAAUUUAUUGUUAGUUUUUUUUAAAUAAAUUAUUACAGGAAAUUUUUCAGUUUCAACAUUUGAUAUGUAGUCUUUGCACUGUUUUUAAUUCAGUGUAAGGGUUGAAUGAUUUGAAAAUGAUUUUAUUAACAUUUACUCAGCGACCAAACAGGAUUGUGGAAACAGCUGUGCGUCAUUGUUAAUGUUGCUGUUGUGAAUGUUUUGUUUUUUUCCUCUUUAUUCACUCAAAAGUAGAACUAAAAUCUUUUUUUAAAUUGAGCAGCAAAAGCAUUACCGAUCUAGAGAGAAGAGUGAGUGUAAGAAAAGUUUCCAGAGUCAGACUUCGGAGUGAUCAUUUCAGUCAGGCAUUUCUUAGCCACACUCACCCGGGGUCCUCAGAGGAGUCAUUUCCGCGGUGCAGCCUGGGUUCUCCCUUUCCAUCCCAGGCUCGCUUCAGCAAUCAUGGGUACGGCCUGAUUUCACUUUAAAUUCACUCUUAUCUUAUUUACUGCAGCGUUUUUUGAUAACGAUACGUUGUAUAAACUUCUUAUAAACAAUUUCGAUGCCUUUAUGUUAGAAAGACUGCACAUUUGAUGAAAGUAUUGUCUCUUUUUGUGGUUGUCUUCUCCCGCAACGUGGAGCGGCCAUAACAUGUCAGCGGUGUGUUAGCUCCGUUAGCUAACUCAGUUAGCUUAGCUCAACACACAUUAACGUUCACUUUGCACUGUUAUUGGUGUACAUACUUAAAAAGCUGCUUACUUAAAAAAUUCACUGGAUGAGCUGGAACAUGCAGAGAUUGUUAAAGCGUUUCUAUGAAAGUGGUGAAAUAGGAGAGGUGGCCUGAUACUCAGCGGGUUCAAACCAUUAAUUAAUAUAUAUAAACAAUUAAUUGAUUUAAACUGAGAUGAAAUUAAACAAUGAAAAUGUUUAUAGUCACGGAUGUUUUUUUUUUCAUGAUAAACCGGCUUUAGUAUGUUUUUGAUUCAUGAAGCUGUAUGAAUAAUUUCGGCAGAUGUUGUAAAAUUACUGGAUUUAGUUUUUAAAGUUCAUGAAAAGUUCUAUGUCGAAAGUACCCUCAUGUAAAUAGUUCCUGUUCACACCAUGAAACCCAGUUAGUUUCAGAUUCACAUGUUUGGGUAAACUAAGUUUUCCUCAUAGUUAGAGCUGUUUUUCUAAACUGAGCUGUUUUCUAACAUCUCCUCCUGUCCAAUAACUUUGACUGUUUACUGGAUUUAUAGUGUUGAACUCAAAUGAAGUGUUUGACUGAAACAAAGUGAAGUGUGGAGAAACUAAAAAUUGUGGAUAUUAAAAGGCUGCCUACUCCUUUUUCUUUUUCUCAGUUUGAAAGUAACUGAUAGGCAAAAUGUAAAAUAGAUUUCUGAUUGUGGUUUAAUGCUUUAUUUUUGCUAAAUAUUUUUCUUGCUCUGAUUACUUUGUUUAUUCUUGGUAAACUGUGUUGAUAAAAGGCAAAAAAAAUGCAGUAUAGCUAACCUUAUCCCCAGCUUUAAAAUUGACUAAAUAACCACAGUCAUUGAAAGCUGCUUCUUUCACCUCCAGAGCUAAGUAAAAACAAAACCCUGUUUCUCCAAAAGGAGAUUCAUAAUCCGUUUCUAGUUCUCCUAUUAGACUCUAGAAAACUGGACUUCUGUAAUGCCCUCUCUCUGGGCAUCAGCCGGUCAUCUCUACCCCAUUAACAGAAGGUCCAAAACACCAAAGCAAGGCUGUUAACAGGAACCGGAACGAGAGAGCAUCUCUGACCUUCUCCAGCUUGAAAUCAGGGUUGAUUCAAAGGCUCUUUUGUUUUUAAGACCUAAAAAAAAACCCUCUCCAAACCCUGUUCGCUGUCAUAUAAUAUGGACGGCUGUUACUGGCUGUUUGGCGUUUGCUGUAGCUGCCCCAUAGCCCUCUUCCUCUGUGGUGAUUUAGUCCAGACUGAAAACACACCUGUAUUCUUGGGUUUUUCAUCGUCCUUAAGUUUCUUGCUUCGAGCUAUUUGUCUCUUUUUGUUGUUGUUUUUAACAUGUUUUGCAGAUUUCUUUAAAUUUAUACUACUUCAUUGUACUUUGCACCGUAUCUUACUGGAUUUGUUGUCGGUGUCCGUCUUCCAGGAAAGUGUCGUGGCCUGCGCACAGCCAGGAAGCUCCGUAACCACCGCCGUGAGCAGAAAUGGCACGAUAAACAGUACAAGAAGGCUCAUCUGGGCACUGCCCUGAAGGCUAACCCCUUCGGAGGAGCCUCCCACGCCAAAGGAAUCGUUCUUGAGAAAGUGUGAGUACCACAAGACCUGCAUAAGUACAAAAAAGUGACAAGUUACCGGUGAUCACUCACAAUUCAAGCUACAGACAGGCAGAAAGGUAGACAGCUUUUCUUUCUGGGCUCUUGAUCGUACAACUCCAUGUAUGUGAACCAAAGUAACUGGGUCGGUUGAUUAAAAUCUUCAGAUGGUUUGUUCUGUUGGGUUAACAAAAAACAGAGUCAAAAAAUAGAAAUGAGAGAUCUGAAAUUGUCACACCCCUGCAAAUAAUCUGAGAAGUAUGCAGUCAUUGUUGAAGACAGGUCUGAAUGUCGAGUUAAAUUCGGCUCACUGAUCGACUGCUGGCUUUGUGAACUGUUAAGAAAAAAGAACAGCAGUGAAGGGAAAGUGUUCUUACUCAGUGGUGAGGUGAAAUCAGGGCUCAGAUUUCAGAAACUUGUUCUGAUGAAGUGUGUUUUUGUUUGUCUCCUCUGCAGUGGUGUUGAGGCUAAGCAGCCCAACUCUGCCAUCAGGAAGUGUGUGAGAGUUCAGCUCAUCAAGAACGGCAAAAAGAUCACCGCCUUCGUCCCCAACGACGGUUGCCUCAACUACAUCGAGGUAAGCAACUGAGCAGCCUGACGAUCAUACGUGCGCCGUGGGAGAAGUUUGGUUUGUGCGACUGAAAAGUUGUUUGUGUUUUCAGCAAAGACAGUUUUUACUCUCUGAUUUGGAUGUUGCAGCGUGGCGUCGUUCACUUUGAGUUCAGAUCCUAAAAUCCCUCGAGGCCUACAGAAAAUUUGGAUCUUAAGUUGAGGUUUUCAAAAAUCUGUACGUUAUUUCAUAGAUGUUGAUGACUGAAGCUGUCUUUUAUUAUUACCUGGUAGUGUUGGGCGGUGUGACGGUAUAAGAGUAUCUACUGAUAGAAAUUUUGCCAUGCCGUUAGUACAGCAGAGAGAGAGCUGAUGUCUGCUGCAUCUCUCUGAGUCAGUGUGUAGUUGUGUAGAUGUCAUGCGGAGUUUGUUUGCUCUCUUGGAUUGGUCGGGUUUGGGUGCACUCCUAUAAUUACCAGCAUGUCCAGCAGACUGCUUGGUAUAGUUUCCACAAAGAAGAAACAGCUUCACUGGUGGUGGUCAUGGCAGACAUGGAGAUUAGUGGCAGUACCGAGCAAACAGAGGCAGCACUACACACCCAAGAGGAGGAGGAGGAGGAACUCGUUUCGGAAAAGGGCGCAAGUCACGACAGCGGUUGUCUGGAGAUUCUUCGGAUUUAGAAAAUCUGACAAUGAUCAAAAAACAAAACUAUACAAAGAGUGUCGCGUGACUGUUGUUGCCGGACGUGGAAACACCAGCAACCUCUUCCACCAUCUGAAGAUGAAACACGCUGAGCUCUAAUAUGUGAGCCAAAAGAUGCGUGGCGCACCUGAUGCACCGAAAUCUAAAGCUGCAGCAGCUCCUCGUAUAAAAGAGCUUGGCGGAGUCUUUCGCCAAAGGUGCACCAUAUGAUAAAAAAAAUGCCUGACUGGUCUGAUAUUUUGUUUGUAUUUGUCAAAUCGGAGUUUAAAAUAAAAGGAAAAUGAACAAAUGCGACAGUGGUUAUUUUUAAGUCAUUAAUUGAAUUUACAGAGGGAAAAAACACACCGUGAUAUAUACUGUUACUGUGAUAUAUACCGUUACCGCAUAUGCUCCGUGCUGGAUGAGGAAGGAGGCCAAAUGAACUGCCGGCACUUUCUCCUGACCCUCUUUUGAUGUUUCCUCUCGUCCUGCAGGAAAACGAUGAAGUCCUGGUGGCAGGAUUCGGACGUAAAGGUCACGCCGUGGGUGACAUUCCUGGAGUCCGUUUCAAGGUGGUCAAGGUCGCCAACGUCUCCCUGCUGGCACUCUACAAAGGCAAGAAGGAGAGACCCAGGUCAUAAACGGAUGAUGCAGAGAAUCAAAUAAACAUGUUUUCAAUUACACUUUGAUGGUUUGGUCCGUUUUGUUCUCUACACUGUUUUUGGAUUCAAACAAAAUCUGCCAACUGCUG